AUGCUGAUCUUCGCCGUCGCAGCGAUUUUGUCGCUCGGAACGGCCCACGAAUGUCUGGACCGGCUUUGCGUCGAGUGUCGUCAUUACGUGAAGCACGGCGACGUCUGCGACAGCUAUGGCACCUUGCCAAUGGUUUUUUGCUCGCCGGAAACCAAGUUGGUCCUUUUUGGCGUUUUUAAUUAUUGUAAAAUGUAUCGGAAUACGUCUUUUUUAUUUUUUUGAGGCGAUUGAAACGUGGAAAAUAACAGAAAACUUGAAAAAAAUGAAUGAAAAAUGCAGAAAAAGGAUCAAUUAAUAUAAACUUUUUCCUUAAUUUUUAUAAAUUUUUAACUUUUGGCACCUUUUUCAGGUAGGAACUUAUAGUAUUGUUUUUUUAAAGUUUUUUUGAAAAAAAUAAGCGAUACAUUUUUUUAAUAGGAGAAGUUUUUUUCAGUUAUACAAUCUCUUCCUCGCAAGUUUGAUCCUCAAAAAAGUUGCGAAUAAUAGAAAAAAAAAAUAGGGGGGGGUUCUAGUUUUUUCUUAUGAAUUUUAAUAUUCACCUGGAAACUUUCUUCAAAUAUUUCAUAUUUCAAGGCCUUGGAAUUGAUUUUAAAAGGUAUUUACUUAUUUAGAAGUAAACUUGCCCCAAAGAACUUCAAAAGAGGUAUUUUUUUAAGUUUGAGGGUCCUCGGAUCUUGGUAACGCAAUCGGACGCGUCGGGGCAUUUCUAGUGACCACUUUAGCAGCCUCAGAACUCUUAAGUGACCCCCAGAAUUGCCCAGAAAAGUCCGGAGCACGUCCGUUUCGCGUUUCCAAUGUUCAAAUUUAAAAAAAAAAUUGUUUUUUCUUGUAUUUUGAUGAUAUUCCUAUUCAUUUCCCUACAGUCUGAUCCACGAAUCGUCAACCAACUUCCUGGAAUGUGUCAACACGAAAUGGAUCCUCCGGGAGUGUGUUUCCGGAACUUUCUACCAGGCUGGACGAGGAUGCGUCGACCCGACGGUGCAGCCUUUCAUGCAGGGCUUUUCUGUUUCAGGUCAGAAUUUUAGGGUUAUCCAGAAUCUCGCAUUCAGAAAGCCUCUUUAUAGAAACUGUGCGAUUCGUUUUUUUCUGUUUUUUUGGUGCCAAUUCAAAAUGAACCGCUUUUUUGAGAUUAUUUUCUGAAAGAGUCUUCAUUUAAUUGAUAGAAUUCCUUUUUAGUUGCUCGAUUUUAUGAAAAGAACACUUUGAAAUAAAGAAAAUACUGCAAAAUCCAACCUUUCAAAAAAGCAAAAUUUCAAAGUCAUUGAGUAACCCGAUUAGGAAUUUUUCAAAACUCGGUUUUUUGAUUUUCUUUAAAAUUUUCCCCAUGGAGGGCCUUCUUUUUCAAUCCGUUUGCUGAAAAAUUUAGUUUUUACGGCUCUUUUUCAUCUUACUGGAAAAAUUUUUAGCAACCACUAUAGGGAUUUGUCGUUUUAGUGGCCACUAUAGUAGUCACAUUAGUGGCCACUCACGGGUUAAAAAUUAGUGGUCACUAAGUGCUACUACUAGACCACUAAAAAUUUUAGUGGCCACUUUAGGGGUCAAUGGAUCAUCAUAAAUGGUGUUUGGUUCAAAAUUGUCAGAGUUACUGGAAGGAAUACUGGAUGAAAAACUACUGAAGUGGCCACUAAAUAAAGAACCUCUAUAGUGGCCACUAAAACGGAAAAUAGUGGCCACUAUAGAGGUGGGUUUAGUGGCCACUUUAGUGUCCUCUCCAAGUAGUCCUUGGCGAGCCUCUAUAGUGGCCACUGAAAGUUUUCCCAGUACAAUGCGAAUUGAGUUUUUAUUUGAAAAUUAUCUUCAAUAUUUUCCAAUUUUUGAAUAAUUCCUUUUUUGGGUUGGGUAGGGUCCAAGUUUGAAUGUCUUAAUUUCAAGAAGGUGCAAAAAGAGUUCCGAAAAAUAAAAUUUAAGUUCUUGUGCUAAAAAUAAAAUUUUCAGGAAGUGGUCGUGUCGGCGACGUCUGUCAGUACAAUACGGACUGCCUCGGGGUCAGAUUUUUGGAAUUUUGAAAAAAAGAAAUAUGAAAUCGAUUCCAGGGAAUGUACUGUUCGACGGGACUUUGCACCUGCCUCAGCACCUACAUCUUGAGAGAAUCUUAUUGUUACGAAAGUCAGUUUCUUUUUUUUUUUUCAUAGAAUCGGCUAUUAAUAUUUCGGAACUUGAGCCAUGUUCAAUGUGUUUCCAAGAACUUCGAAAUUCCCUCGUCAGACAGAGAAAAAGAUAAAUAAAUUUUGGAGAGUCAGAGAAAAUAAUACAUUUCAUUUUGAACAUAUUGCAGCUUUUCUAUCGCAGAGUCGUUUUUCGAAAAAUAACAAUAUUCUUUCAAGAAGUGAACCCGAACCAGCCCGGGUGCACCUACGACGUUCAAUGCGAAGCGGUUUGGCCCGGCGCCAAAUGUCGGAUGGAUAGUUCGAUCGGAACUUGUCGGUGUCCAGGUAAGGGGUUUUCUGGGUUUCCGAUUUCUCGGGCUUUCUCUGAUGCUGCGGGCAUUGUUUUCUGGCCUCCUCAAUGUUUGCCCGCUUUUCACCCGUUCUUAUCCCGCGGUGAGCCCGAUUUUAUCCCGCUGUUCAACCGGAUAAAGUUUCACCCGGUUUUCACCCGUUUUCGUCAAGCGGCGUCAUCCGAAGGAAGUUUUAAGCUUUAUUCACCCGCUUUUAUCCCCCGGCUUCGUCCGAAGGAGCUUUCACCCGUUCUUAUCCCGCUGUUCACCAGGAGGAAAUUUCACGCGCUGUUCACCCGCUCAUGUCCCGCUUUUCACCUGGAGGAAGUUUCAUGCUUUAUUCACCCGCUCUCAUCCCCCGACUUCGUCCAAAUGGACUUUCACGUGCUUUACACCCGUUCUUAUCCCGCGGCUUCACAUGGAUCCCGUGGCUUCAUCCGAAAGAACAUUCUCGCUCUUUUCACCCGUUCUUGUCAAGCCCCUCACCCGUAGGAAGUGUCAACCGAUUUUCACCCGCUUUUGUCCCGUGGCUUCAUCCGGAAAAACUAUCACUCCCUUUUUACCCGUUUUUGACGAGCCCCUUCACCCGAAGAAAGUUUUACCCGAUUUUCAUCCAUUGUUAUCCCGAUGUUCACCCGAAGGAAGUUUCGCCCGAUUUUGUCCCGUGGCUUCAUCCGAAUGACCUUUCACGCUCUUCUCACCUUUUUUUGUCAAGCCCCUUCACCCGCUUUCCACCCGCUAUUCUCCCUCUCUUCAGUUCCCACGUUCUCUCGCUUGUCGAUUUUGAAAUCUUCUGUUUUUGCUCAGUCAAUUGAAAGCUUCAAACAGCUUCAAUAAAUGAAUCAAAAUUUUUUUUCCAGAAGAAACCCACGUGGCCAGAGAGACUCGCGACGGUUGGGUGUGUGUUUCUUUGAAAGAUAUUGGCUCUGGCGGCUCGGCUCCGCUUUAUUUUGUCUGUCCACUUCCCGAAGGCGCCGGAUUCAAAAUCGGUUCGUUUUUCCCCUAUUUAGAUUCGCAAUGAAAAACUCUACAAAGUACUGUUUUGAACUGAAACACCGUUUUUUACUGCAUCUAUGCCUUUAAGGCCUCACUUUGGUACCGAAAAUCACCAAACUUAGUAAAAUAUAAGGUUUUUAUUGGAGUCAUGAGUUUUCACAGCUUAUUAUUGCUUGAAAUCGUUAUUUUCUGAAGCUUCAAAAAAGGUAGUUAAAUGAGGUUUCUUUUGAGUUCGUGUCAUCUACCUUUUUCACGAAAAGCUUCUCCUUGUGAAUGAAAAUUUCUGAAGCUCUGAACGAUCCGACGCCGUUAAUGGGCGGCUUCCCCGUCGGAUGUACUGUCGGAUCCUCGGCCACCAUCGAGCCCGUACAAGGACUUCACGGCGGCGGCGCCUGCAUGUGGCCUUCCGACGGAGAAUACAUCGGCGACAUCUAUGACUGCGUUCAUACCAGCCCUCAUGUGAGUUGGAGAAGAAGAUGGGUCUUGAAAAGUUGGAACUAUCAAUGGGAAAAAAAACUCAUUCCGCUUGGAAGUAGGCUCAUAAGAAUUUUGAAAAAUCUGGAGUAAAGUCAAGUUUUGACCUCAGAAUUUUCAGCCUCAACAGUACAAGUUUUAGCCCCCCCCCCCCUUAUUAACUUUAAUUUAGGAAGACUUGGGAGGACCUUUAAUAUGAUUUGCCCAUGUAUGGUUGGAAAAGUUAUAACCAAGGAAGGAUACUUUAGUGAAAUUACACCUUGGUCAAGUUAAAAUGCUUUUCAAAAAAGUUCGACAUUCAAAAAUAAAAGAAAGAACAUCAAGGAACUGAGAAUGCGCUGGGUUGACCUUCUAGCUACUUUUCAGCUUCCAAAAGAUCAGAUUAGAUUUUUCGCCUUACCACUUUUAGGUUCAGAUUUUUCCGAAAAUCGGCCAGAACACUCCUCAAAUUACCAAAAAAUGAUCCUGGAAGUUUCGACAUGUAAAACUUCUUUGUUUUCGAGAAAUAAAGGUUCAAAACCCCCAAAACGACCUUUUUAACGGACUUUGAAGAUUUUAUUUCGCUUUGAGGUGUCCUUUCUCGAAAACUGAAAAUUUUUGCAGGUUGAGAUUUUUAAGGGCUUUUUCAGGUACAUCAAGAAGUGUUCUGACAAAGUUUCAAUUAAAAAAAAACUGAUCUUCCCGGUUCAAUUUAAUAAAAUUCGAAAUUAGCCGCCUAAAAUCGUUUUUCAAAGGUUUUCUAGACUUUUAUAUAACAUUUUCGGCAGUUUUUGAGCAAAUAUUGGUACUUGGGAUCUCUUUUAGAAGUCUUAUAGCUAGCAGGAUCAUGGAAUUUUUAAAAAUACCUUGAUCGUUUGGAAGCUUCUCAAUUUUUCGAAAGUUUCUUUUUCCUUCGAGUUUUAGUACCGUCAGAAAAGAUACGAAAUAACGCGACUGUGAUCAAAAAUUUCUUGUAAGUUUCUGAAGCUGCAUCUGUGACCUGAAUCUUCAUCAGAGUGUUAAAAAUAACAUUCAUUACAACUACAGGAAGUUUCAGAUAGAUUCAGUUUCUUACAAGAAAGUUAUGACCGAAAACCCGGUUUUGUCGUAACUUUUCUGACUGCUAUGGUCUGUGUGCCACGACUUGAAAUUUCAAGGAACGACAUUCCGCUGUUCCGAUGCGUGCGUUCGCGAAGCGUCUUUUGAAUCUAGGUCACACUUUCAAUUGAUUUUUAUUGCUGUGGAAAGUAGAGUACCUUAAUAAAAGAAAAAAAAAAUUAAAAGCGCGACCGAGAUUCGCAAAGGAGCGCAGCGGAACAGCGGAAUGUCGUUUGGUGAGAUUCCAAGUCGUGGUAUACAAGCUAUACUGUCUGUAAAGACUGUAAUUAAUACAGAAGCAAUGACGAGGCGAUGAUAAGCGUUCGAUCUUUUGUUUGUAUUUGCACAGAAAGGUGUGGAGCAGCCUUUUGGAGGCCUCGGACUUACCGCCUUGCCAAGUGCUUUGGUAAAUAAGAUAUCCUUCUUGGUGAUUGGCGUUCCGUACAGAGAAAAGAUGCUGGGGAAGAUUUGAAAAAGUUUGAAAUUUUCGAUUCUCAGAUCAACCUCGCCACUCAAUUCCCCCAGUCGCAGUACAAUCCCACAGCUGAUGGAGUUUGCUGUCCAAGUAGAGGUUUUUCAAACAGAAAAUGUUAAAACAUCUUCAAAUGAUAAUAAAUUUAGCCCUGGCUUGUAUUCAACCUCAAUUGACUGGACCAAAUCCGUCAGAACCUCGUUGGUGGUAUAAUUCUGUGACAGGUAAAAAAUCUUCAACUACAAAUUAAAGAAUGCUUGAAGCUUAUUACGUCAUUCACUAGAAAGUUUGACUUCUCUGCGCCCUCUUCUCUCUGAGCGAGACAAUUUUUUGUCUUUGACAACUUUGGGACUGCCAAUUUUGAGCUUGAAAAAGUUGGGACUGCCAAUUUCAGCUUGAAAGAUUUGGGACUGCCAAUUUCGACCCUGAGAAUCUUGGGACUGCCAAUUUUGAACUUGAAAAUUUUGGGACUGUCAAUUUUUAGCUUGAAAACCUUGGGACUGCCAAUUUUGAUCUUGGAAAUCUUGGGACUGCCAAUUUUGAUCUUGGAAAUCUUGGGACUGCCAAUUUUGAUCUUGGAAAUCUUGGGACUGCCAAUUUUGAUCUUGGAAAUCUUGGGACUGCCAAUUCGCUUUCUCUGUUUUCUCUCAUUCCUCAACGGCACUCUCACUUUACGUGCUUUUUUCAUGUCGAUAGGACCUCACUGAAGAGAGAAAAGAGGCGCAGACACGUCAGACUCUUUCAAGUCUUGGCGAAAGGAAUACCAUUUUUAUAAAUUUUUCUUUCAUUUUCCUAACAUCGUUUCAGGAACCUGCCAACAGUUCAUGUGGGACGCGACGGCCAGCGAAGCCAAAUUCCACUCUCCAAAUAAUUUUAAGACGAUCCAGCAUUGCGAAUCUUACUGUAGAGAUAGUGAGUGAAUAUAUUUGAUUCCGAAAAGUUUUUUCAACUGGUCUCAUUUUUUUAAACACUUUUCGGACCUUUAUUUUACCGUCAUUUUUUGAAGUACGAUUUUUCAGGUAGCCGCAUCUUGAUUCCCGUGAAAUUUUAAUUUUAACGAUUAAUUUUAUUAGAAAAUUCGGAACGCUGAGAAAUUCGGCCAAAAAACUCCAGGAAAGGGAAUUCUGGAAAUUUAAAGCUUGAAAAUAUUACUUUUUGAGAAAGAAGGACUGAAAGUUCAUUCAAAUGAAGUUUGGGCAUGUAAAUGGAGCUUAAAAAGUAGCGAAAAUACGCUUUUUCCAAGUUUCAGGGUCCUCAUCUAGUGAUUCAAAUAUGAUUUUGACUUCUUUAAAAAGUUCUGAAGAUCCGUGUAAACUUAUCUUCCUUGUGAAGCUUGGGUCCAAUCCAUGGACAAAUAAUUUUUUUAAAAACAUGAUUUUUUUUCAGCCUGUCAACGAGGAUCUCCCCAAUACUCCUCCGAAGCUCAAGUUCAUUCUGAACGACCCAUAACUUCCUGCGCCGCCUCAGUCUCAUGCGGCAGCGACUUCCAGUGCACAGCGAUCGGGAGCCAGCAUCUCUGUUGUCCCACUCCGGGUACUGUACCUCUUAUUCAACUGUGUUUUGAACUUAUUUAUUAGGAUCUGUCUGUUCUGCAAGAGGAGGUCGGCCAUUCGAUGUGCAGCCGAGGAAUUCGGUCUUCCAUCCUGGAUUUUUGGUCAAUACUGGAAAGGAGAGCAUUCGGUGGGUUUUGAGGGUUUCUCUGCACCCUCUCACGCUGGCGUGCUAUUUUCCCGUUUCUCUUACCUCGCCGGUGAGGGAACAGAGAGACGCAGACACUCGAAAAGUUUCAAGUCACGGCGAAUGGACUAUGGCCGAUUCACAGCUAGCUUCAAAGCGUGGCUUGUCUGCGCUCUCCACCAGCCAGGCAAUAUCUCUUUUCUUAUCGUGUCAGGACCAUUUUUUGAUGGCUCAAGCCAGCUGUGACUAUAUAUCAUGUUUUGACAAGGAAAAAUGACUUACUUGAAAUUUUACAGGUUCUUCUACGACCCAAGUGCAGGCAGGUGUCAGGAUUUCGUCUACAAAGGCGCCGGCGGAAAUUACAACAACUUUUUGUCGAAACACGAGUGCGAGAUGUACUGCGCUAGAUGUGAGCUGAUAAUUUGUUAAAUUAUUGAAAAAUUGAGCUUCAGUACAAUGCGAACGAGGAUCGCCCCUCAGAAUCGGAGAAGAAUCCCAGAGAUGCCAAAAUAAUGCCCAAUGUCCAUCUUCGCAUGAAUGCAAGGCCGACCAGGGCGUCUGUUGUCCCAGAAAACGUUGGAAUUUUUUUUAGAAACUAAAAAGUUUUUUCGGGAUUGUUAAAAACGAUUGGAAAAGCUGAAAGGAUGUUCUUGUCAAUUUUUCAAACUUCAUUUGAUAAUUGAUAAGCUUGAUAGGACUGGAAAUCAUGAGAAUAAGCGAGAGAACAACAGUGGUUUGAAGAGACGCCAGAGAAUCAGAGAUUAUGCGACUUCUCUGGUGUCUCUGUGGAGCGCCGUUGAUCUCUAAUUAAAGUAAAAAGUGUGCAUUUUUUUGAAAAAUACAGUCUGAAUGAUUGGAGGAUAUCAAGGGACGCUAAUGACAAAUUUAAAAGAGCGCAAGAUUAUUUAGAAGGUGAGCCAUUCCAAGUGCGACCACGGCAUUUGAAUUUCAAAGACUUCAAAUUUCUUUAAACCAAGGUUUUUUUGAGGUCGUUUGUAAAAAAGUAGAAACUGACUUUUUGGAGUUUUCAUGAGAAUGGAGUCUGAAAUUCGCUAUAAAUUUUUUGAAUUAUGUCUUUUUCUGAAGUUUGAAAAAUUUUGGAGAAGAUUCAGGAAGGGAAUAAAGAAUUGCAGUGUGAAAAAGACGGAUUUUAAUCAUUUUCAAAUUUCAGGAAAUUCGCGGGAAAAUAUUUUUCCACUUUAACGUAAAUGUAUACCUCUGUUUUUGAUUCAGUUUAUCAGAAAUUAUUUCUCCGAUUCUCGAAAUUCAGAAGCUUGUUCAGAAACGAUUUGCGCCCAGCCUUUGCGAAUCGGAGACUGUACCGAGAAUGUCAAGAGAUAUUGGUACAACGCCAAAACGAGACAAUGUCAAAUGUUUGAAUACACUGGUACGUGUUUCUUUGUCCCUAAUAAAGGGAUUCUGAUAGUCGCAUUUCAUGAAAAUUGGCUGAAGUGUACUUUGGAGUCUUCUGAUUUUAGAAAACUUGAAAAAAUUCGUGACUCUUGCUUUACAGUCGAGUUAUGACGCUUUGAAUGCUUCAAAUAACGCCAUUUUUCUUAAAUUUUUUCAAGUUGGUGAAUUUUGAACGGCCAUAACUCCAUUAUAAAAAAAUUGAGGCUUUUCUUUUUUUUAAAGAUUCAGGAGACCUUAAGGUCUACUUCAGCCAAGUUCCAUCAAAAAGGCCGCUUUUAUUAAUUAAUUUAAACGUUUCACCUUUUUUUCUCAGGUUGCCAAGGGAAUGACAACAACUUCGACACGAUCCUCGAUUGCCAGAACUUUUGCAAAAAUGCCAUUCGUGAGAUUUUUUCAGGAAAAAAUGGAAUAAACUUUUUGUGGAUUUCAGCGGAGCCGAAAUGUAUCCAAGGACAAGCUUACAAGGACGUUUUCGGCAAUUUUGUCACUUGUAGCAAUGGAAUGGGUUGUCCGGCGAAUUAUGAGUGUUAUUAUGACGGCAGUCAGUGGGGAUGCUGUCCGGCUAAAGGUAAAAAUUCAUUUCGGAGAAGAGUAACAACUAGAACAACUGGGUAGAUGAACGCGAUGUCGCUUACGACAUCGCAAAAGUGCUCCUUUGUAGCCGCGCUAGACUUGCACUUUCCUUGGCGCGAUAUCGAAAUUUUCUGCGACAUCGCAUUUUGGGAGUUUUCCAACUUUUUUGAGUCUAUGAGGAAAGCAAGCAAAACGCGAGUCCGUUGUGGCCACAACGCGGUUUAUUCACGAUGUCGUCAAUUUCCCGCUGGACGACAUCGCAAAAAUUCUCAUUCAUUGCCGUGCUGGACUUGUAUUUUCCCUGGCCCGAAAUCGAAAAUUUCUGCGACAUCGCAUUUUGAGAGUUUUCAAACUUGUUCGAGUCCAUGAGAAAAGCGAGUCCGUUGUGGCGACAACGCGGUUCAUUUGCGAUGUCGCCGAUGUACCGCAAAGGUCUCGCGACGGACUAAGCAGUUAUUUUUAGUUUCGAAAAGAGUUUUUGAUAGUUCUGUACUAAGAACAACUGACAAGAUAGGAGCUGGGCGACAUCGCGAAACUGCUUUUUUUAGCCGCGCUAGACAUGCACUUCCCUUGGCACGGUAUCGAAAAUUCCUGCGACAUCGCAUUUUGUGAUUUUUCAAAUUUUUUUGAGUCUGUGAGAAACGCGAGUCCGUCGUGGCGACAACGUGGAUCAUUUGCGAUGUCGCUAAUGUACCGCAGAGGUCUCGCGACGAACUAAGCGAUUAUCUUCAGUUUCGAAAAGAGUUUUUGAAAAUUCUGUAGGUUUAUUUUAUUGUCAGGAGUAGAGAAGAAGCGAAAAAUGUUUUUUCUGGGACACGAAAGAAAAUUUUUUACGUGGAACUGUGUCGCGAAACAAGGAACACGGAAAAAAUUGAAAAAAUGAUUAUAACUAGUUCCAAUAAAAUUAUUAUACUAAAAAAAAAGGAAGACAGAGGAGCAAUUUUGGCAGAAAAGGGCACCCCGAAAAUAAAAUUUGCAGCCUUCACCUGCUCACUGAACCCUGACGCCGGUGUACAGUGUGGCGCUGGAAGCACCUUCAAAUAUUUCUACAACUCCCAGACGCAAAACUGCGAGAGUUUCCAGUUCAACGGAUGCGAUGGAAACAGCAACAAUUUCGCGAAUCGCGACGCCUGCGAACAGUUUUGCAGCGUCGGGGGUGGGUUUUUGAAGCGAAGGACUUGGUUUGAAAAUCCUUGACUCUAAAAAAAACUCAGUAUGAUAGUUUUUUCAAAAAUGGUAAUGUCCUGAGAAAUACUAGUUUUUUUAAAGAUUCAAAAAAUACCCUCAUUUGCCAGUCAAUCUUGCCGAACGGAAAAAAUCAGUUUGAAAAAAAAAACUCAAAAUCUUUGAAAUGCUGGGAAAAGCUGAAGUGGCUUCUAAAGGGAUUUUGAGUUUUAGUGGGACCUAUAGGGAGUUUAUAAGGGCCUUCUAAAGGGAUUCUUAAAAAACCCUUUUAGAACCACUUAAAAGCCCCCUAGGAUCGAAGGGCGCAACGCGUUUCUUUCUUUUCGCCUCGUUUCCUAAGAUUAUAAAAAAUCUCUUUUCCCGAAUAUCUCACAGUGUUCCCAAACAGGCGGCAGAUGUGGUCAUUGGGCGUGGCUGUAUGCAAUGGGGGCGCGGCUUAUUGCAAUAGUGGCGCGACAUUGAGAGCCGAUUGUGCAUUUACUGGAUGAAAACAUAGCGUUGAAUAGUGUUUUUCAAGGCUCCCUUGAACUUUUAUAGUAGUUUUAAUAUAGUCUGUUAACCGUUUUCUGCAAACUUCUUAUAAUGGGUCCGAAAUGACCAUUUAAGGGGUCCUAUAUGGGGCGCAAUAGGGGGUUCUUUAGUAUACCUUUUUAGAGGGGCAUUUUUCUUCCUAUAGCUUUUCCUAGAUGUACACCUCAAAAUUAGUCUACUUUGGUCUAUUUUUUCUUCGCUUCCUUAUUUUUUUUCGCUUUUUAGGUUGUCCCAAUGGAGGAACUCCACAACGCGACCAUUCUGGAAUGGUUAUGGUCUGCGGAACUCAGCAGGUUACUUACUUUUUUGCAAAGUUACAUUUUUCACAGUUUUUUUAGCGGAUUCUUGAAAAAUUAAGGUUGAAAAUGUUGAAUUUUUGAUUUUUCAUAGGUUUAUUAAUAUAUUUAGAAAAAUAUAUCAAGAAAAAAGGAUUUUUUAGACCUGUCCCGACAGCCAUGAAUGCGUGCCGGUGUUGGUUGGAGCUUCAAUGAUCAAUCGGUGUUGUCCGACGAGAGGUAAAAAUAUAUAUUUCAAAUUUUGAGCUUAGAGAACCAUAGGAACUUCACGAAUUCUCAAAGAAUACAUCCAUUUUCAAAAAACGAAAAAUGGAAAAGUAGAAUUUUUGUGUUUUACUGGGAAAAUUUUUAGUGCCAACUAUAGAGGCUCCACAAGGACUACUUGGAGAGGACACUAAAGUGGCCACUAUUUUCCGUUUUAGUGGUCACUAUGGAGGUUCUCUAUUGAGUGGCCACUUCAGUAGUUUUUCCUUGGAGUAUUCCUUCCAGUAACUCUGAUAAUUUUUUAACAAACAGAUUGAACCAGUUAUGUUGAUCCAUUGACCCCUAAAGUGGCCACUAAAAUUUUUAGUGGUCUAGUAGUAAAUCAUAAAUUUUUUCGUUUUUCAUGAAAUUUUUUCCAGCUUACAUGUGUGGUCUACCUCCACAGCAAGGAACUCAGUGUGGAACGAAUUUUGUUACGAGGUAAAUUUUUCAAAUUCAACUUUUCCUAGCCCUUCAACACCAUAUAAUCUGUUUGGGAACGAAAUGAAAAUUGAUUGAUUAGAAAAUUUUCAAAAUUUUGAAAAACAAGCCAAUGAAGUCGAAAAAACUGAGAUAUUACUAAUGAAAAUUUGAAAUUUGAAAAUUUCCAGGUACUAUUUCAACAUUGUCACUGGCCAGUGUACUUCGUUCCAAUUUGGCGGUUGUGAUGGAAAUCAGAAUAAUUUCCUCACGAUCCAGCAAUGCCGGAAUUUCUGUAUGAGCAAUUGUGAGUUUAAAAAAAUAUAAAGAUUUCGAAUUCAUGAAAAAAAAAAAUUAAUAUUGAAGUUUGUUGAAAUAUUCAUUUUUUUUUAUCAAUUAUUCGUUGAGUAAGAAGGUGUAAGCCAUAUUUUUUUGGACCUUAAAGGCGUUUUUUUGACAAACGAAUCGUGUUUUAUGGAUUUUUAGGCUUGUAUACUCUAUAUUUGACAGGAACUGGUUAUUUUUGGGAGGAUUUUAAAAUAAAUUGCAGCCCCCCCCCCCCAUGCCUCAGUCUUGGGGGGAGAGGGGGGGGGGGGUGGUCGCUUGUUUGAGCGUGGGGACGCAUUCUGGGCUUUUCCCCAGCUUGGGACUGCUUUUGGGACUGCCAAUUUUUCGGGCCAAAAUUUGGCUGUCCCAACUUUAGUUUCACUUCAUUUGCAUAUAGAAACAUUUUCAUGUUUUCAAGUCCAACUGAAUAUUUGCACAGUUUCUAGUUUUAUUUCAAAUUUAAGCCUGUCCUGCUGGCAACGUCGCCUACGUUGAUCCCAACUCCCAGAUGCCCAUCAACUGCAACGAGGUCGGGUUUGGAGCUCAUUUCAUUGAUUUAUCACUGGAAAAAGCAAUCAGUUUUGAAAAGAAAUUUUCAUUACAGGCCCUCAGCAACAGCUGCCCUACUGGAUACACGUGUACUUUCAACGCACUUAUCAAUAAUCACGUCUGCUGUGGCGCUACUGAUUUGGGUGAGGAUUAUUAGGAAAUCAGGAAUCAACUGAAAACUACCCAUUUGUGAAAAAAUAACUUGAAAAAAGAUAGAAACAAAUUCAAGUAGAUGAAACUUCAAGGGAAAAUCAGCAAACAAUUCAGGAAUUUGUAUUGAAAAAUCGACAUUGUUUUCAGCCAAGUUAGCAUUUUUCACUUAUAUUUUCACUUACUAGGAAACGUUUUUUGCCUUUUUUUUUGUAAUAGAUCUCGUUUUCGAGUUGUGAACCUUUAAAGUGUGCAAAAUACGCAAAUUAGGCCAGAAAUGCGCUAUUUUAAGCUUUUGAAGCAUCCUAACUCGAGAAGCAGAUUUAUUGCGAGAAAUUUUUUUCUUGUUCUGCAAUCAGGAGGUCCUAAAGCGCACUUCAGCAAAUAUUCAGCAAAUUUCAACCGGGGGGGGAAGUAUAAAACGUUCUCUGGUUAGGUUCAAAAAAAGUUUUUAUUCAGUGAGGAAAAUAUCCGAUUAAAUGAGUCUUUUUAUUUUUUCAAAGCUAAUAUGCAGCACGCUGUAUCCGAAAUUGUCUCUUUUAUCGAUUAUUUGAUAUAUUUGGUUUCAAAAAAUCUUUUUUUGAAGCUUCAAAGCCACUUUUAGGUCUGAAAAUUCAGGUAAAAGUCGAUUUUUCUGGAAGAAAAUCGAGAAUUUUAUUGAAUUUAAGGGGGCCAUAACCUUGAAUAUUUUUUAAACUUCAGGAGUCUGUCCGGAUGGCGAGAAAGCUUUCAUCGACACGAUCGACAUGUCGCCUCGGGAAUGUUUGAUCAAUAUUGAGGCUUCUUGUCCUGCUAACUAUCUCUGUCGGUUCGUUUUCGAAAUUAAGCUGAUUAGAUUCAAAUUUUGAACUUUUCAGCUUCAACAUGCAGAAGAACAAGUAUUACUGUUGCUCUAGUGUUGGCGGAAGUGAGUUUUGUAUUUUUUUAAAGGUUGAAAAAUUUUUUUCCAGAAACUUGUCCGGUUGGAAAGUUCCUGUUCAAAGAUCUACGGACUCAACAGGUAAUUUAGCAUGAAAAAAAACUUUUAUAAUGAAUAUUUGAAAAUUCUUAGCCGAUCCGAUGUACUAUUGGCCGAAACGAUCAAUGUCCCGACAGUUAUACCUGCCAAAGUUACCUGCCUCAGGCCUUCCAGGGCUUCUGUUGUACAGCAAAUCGUGUGUUUUUUGGUGGUUUCCUCGUUGAAAAUAAUGGAAACUAAAAAAUUUUCACAGAUAAAUGAGUCGAUAAAAAAGCCCAAAAGCUCUAUCGGAAAACGUAGGAGUUAAAAGACUUUGUUUUGAAAAGUCUUGGCUCUAGAUUCAAAAGAACUUUGAACAAGGUCACCAUGAGAAAAAAAAAGAGGAAAACGUCAGAGAAAAUUUUUUAUUUAUGGGGUUCCGUGAAGGGUCAGUACGUAACGAGAAGUAACCACGUACUAAACUCUAUCAUACGCGCAAAGUUUUUUUUGGAGUUUCAAUUUCUUUAGUUCUGGUUUUGCCCUAUUCCGCAGAUCUUUGCAAUGUUCUUAAUUUUGAAGUUUGUUCAGAAGUCCUUGAUGAGGUUUUUCAACAAAAGUUUGCAAAAAAAUUUUCACGAGUUUGAGGCGGGGAGCUGUUUUAAGAACUUUUUUCGGCCUUGUGAGUCUUUUGCGCUUUUAAAACUUAUCAGCGAGGUAUCUUAGCGCAAUAUUGUUAUUUUUUUCACAUUUGUUUAUAAAAUGAUAUUAUUUCAGCGGUAUGUCCGGAUGAUGCCGAAUAUUUGCUGGAUGAUCAAUCCCAACAACCAAGAGCCUGUACGAUGGGAACUUUUGUCUCUUGUCCCAAUGGCUAUGUUUGCAGGUGGAAAUUCGAACCUUUGUAUUUUUCUCCGUAUGUAGUGGAUAUUAACGUCUUCUUUCUUGAAUAUUUUCUGUUUUCGAAUCGAUCUGAUUAAAAAAUCCUUUCGAAAAUGAUUUACUUAGGUCCGCUACAUCGAACACUGAAGGAUUUUGUUGCAAGACGGGAACAACGGCAUUGCCACCUUCUGUUACAGGUAACGGUAAAAUCAAGUAAAAUAGUUCAAUCUUUAAGGUCUUUGUAUCGAAAAAAUUCAAAAAGACUUACGAAAAUGGUUGGAAAAAAAAAGUUCAGACGGCUGCCCGCCUGGAAACUACGUCUACUUGGUUGGCGGAGAAAUCGCUCAAUGUGAUCCAUUUAAUCCGCCAAAUGCGCCGUGUCCUGGAGGAUUUACCUGUCAAUGGUCUACCUCUAAUCAGAGGUAUCUUUACCUUGUUUUUCAGGACGCAAGUUUGAAAAUAGAAAGAAAAUAACGACUGGGAUAAUUUUGAAGGUUGAUAGGUUGUUCAAUGACAGCUUUUCCUUGUGUAUGAAUUUGAUCAUUAAUAAUUGGAAUUUCAAAGUUCAGAAAUUAAGCUUAACAGUGAGAUUUACAAAAGUUAUGACGAAGGAUAAUCGUUCUGCCGUUUGAGACACGAAUUAAAAAAUAUAUGAUUCAUUGCUUUGAGCUGUUUUCACUGUGAUAAAUAGAAAAGUUGAGAUUCAUAAAACUCAGAAAAUAAUAUUUUUAGGUAUCAAUGCUGUGGCUCCAAUCCAGCACCGCCCCCACAACGAAUUAGUAAGUUCAGGAAAUAAAAACAGAAAUUUAACGAAGCAAUACCAAAAAAAAAAAGAUUUUUCAUGAAAUUAAGUAAAUAUUUUGUCCUGUAACUAUGGGCUUGAGGAAGGCAAUGUCUGUGUCUCCACAAAUUAAAUACUGUUUUUUAAAACUCGCGUCAUGACUUUUUUUUUCGAGAACUGAAGCCAGCUAUGAUUCCAUCAUAUGGUGUUUUUAAUUUCUACAAAAAACGUUGGGACUGCCAAUUUUAGCUCUGAAAGUUUGGGACUGCCAAUUUUGAGCUCUGAAAGCUUGGGACUGCUAACUUCAAGCUCUAAAAGAGUUGGAUUGUCAUUUUUGAGCUCUGAAAAAGUUGGGACUGCCAAUUUAAAACUUGAAAAUCUUGAGAAUACCAUUUUUGAUUUUGAAAAAGUUGGGACUGCCAAUUUAAAACUUGAAAAUCUUGAGAAUACCAUUUUUGAUCUUGAAAAAGUUGGGACUGCCAAUUUAAAACUUGAAAAUCUUGAGACUACCAUUUUUAAUCUUGAAAAAGUUGGGACUGCCAAUUUUCAAGAAACAGAUAGAAAUGUAUGGGCUCUUUAUCAAAUACUCUGUCUUUCAUCGUUUCAAGACGCUUUUUCGACGUCUCAAGGCAACCGGGAUCGGUUUCAUCAAUUAAGGGCCUUAAAGACCAAAAAACUCAAGAAAAAAAGAAAUUAUCUUGUCUUAAUAAUCUUAAGGAAAAUUCAUUUUGAUUUCGACGUUUUUUUCUCAUUUCUAUAUCGAUCGGAAACCAUUUCCUAGUCCUGAAUGGGCAGAGGAAGACUUUUAGAUCAACCAGAUGGAAUAAAACGAGUAUUUCAAUCAAUUUUUAAAAAAAUUUCCAAGCUUUUUAAGCCCUAAAUUAGCUGCCUUAUUUUCGAUAGAUCCUUUAGGUUUAACAGUUUGAAAAAUUCAGACCAGUUUUCAGAAAAUUUCGAAAGAAUAAUAUCUUUUCGAGCCCAAAACUGACCAUUUUUGUUUUUGAUAAAACACGUAGUGUUUAUUGAAACUACGGAACUUUUUCUUGAAAUUCAUGAAAUAUUCAACAGACGACGGAUGUCCGAACGCCCAAGUCGCCUUCCGAGACCUCGACACGGUUCGAGUGUGCAGCGCCGGCGCCACAAACUGUCCUCCGGGAUAUUUCUGCCAAUUCUCCACCAUGAACAACCAGUUCCAGUGCUGUGGCGUCAGUGGAGGUGCUGGAUUUUGACUUGAAGAAAUGCUGAAAAUAGGGUCACGGAUAAGCUAUAUCUAUCGUUUGAAUAGAUAUUUAUUUGGCAAAGCAAGAAUCAUACAUGGGAUAAGCAUGACUGGCGACAGCCAAGUCCCCCCACAAGAGAAUUUUUUUAUUUUUUUAUACAUGCAUUUUUUUGAUUUUUAAGAUCGGCCGGCUAGCGCGCUCCCUCAAAAAUUUUUUUAUCACGGUUUUUUUAUCGACCCCCCUUUAGGUCCCACCGAGACUAUCCCAUGUAUGACAUGAGUUGAGAAAACAAGAUCGCAAAUUUCAAGAUAUUCGAUCCAUUUUUUAAAAUAAAAGCAUGUUUUUCUUCAAAAAGGAUCGCGGUCAAGUUUGUGCCAAUGGGAGGUUCAAUUUCAGUGAUAACCCAGAGACUCCGGACCGCUUCCUGUCCCUUUCCAUUCUUUCCUGGUUUGUAUAGACGGCCGGAGAGAUGCGCCCGACUCUAACCGACUUUUGCAAUGUUUCGUAACACCAUGACAAACAACUGAAAUCGAUCUUCGUGGGGGUCGGGCGCAAAAACGCGGCCGUCUAUAUAAACUAGGAAAGUGCUGAUAGGAAGAGAAGCGGUCCGAAGUCAGUGGGUUACCAAACUGAAAAAGUCGCAGCCGGCUUGCCGAUCCUGUGCAACCCCUAUCCAUUGGCACCACUUGACCGUUUUUUUUUUGGGUUUUUUGAACCCUUGAAAAAGAUCAAAGAGAUUUUUUUUUUCAAAAUUGAUGAUAGAACUUUUAAUAAACAAAAAAUGAGAAGAAAAAUAUUAAUUCGAUAGAAAAUUCUCUAACUUUCUUCAGGCUGUCCUGAUGAGUCGGUGGCGUUUGUUGGCAUGUCUGGAGAGCCGGAAAAAUGUGUUGUUGGUGAGUUAAAAUUUUUUCAGGAGGCAUUAGUUUGAAAAGAAAAGCUUUUUUUCUUUGCAGUAAAGUCCAUUAAAACUGGUUUUUUGAGAUUGUUAGUUAUUUUAAACUAGAAAAAUGAUCAUCCCCAGACUGAUAUCAGAAAAAAAUAAGCGAUUUUCAAGUUCUGAAAAAAAUAAAUUUUUUUGAAGAAAAGGAUGAAAAGCAUUUUUUUCCCUAUUUGUCAUCAAAAAAAUCAAUUUUUUUAGGGCAAUCAGAAUUGUCCAAGAGGAUUCGCUUGCCAGAGAGCCCUGGGCGGUUAUCAUGUCUGUUGUACCGUUAAACAAGGUUUUUUUUAUUGAUUUUAUCAUUUUUCAUUAUUUUUUUCUAUUUUCCAGUGGCUUGCGGCAAUGAUGAAGUUUCCAUCGAUGGAAAGUGUCAUGAGCAGGUUAUUUUUUCGAUUUUAUUUCAGGGUAUUUGAUGAAAAUAAUAUAAUCAUCCAAAAGGCGAAAAUAAUUAAUAAGGUCAAGAACCGGUUUAGGUCGCUCUAUUUCAAAAAAGACAUAUAAAUUCAUCAAAAAUCCAAAUUUCAUUAUUACCAGCAGCUUUCCUCAAGUGGUAAUAAAAAUUGGGUUUCAAUCAAAUCAGAUUUUUUCAAAGGUUAGUAGAGUUGAUCUUGGUGACCUCUAAAGAGAGAUAUUGAAAGCAUUUUAGAGCAAAAUUUGGAUUUUUUGAAGGUCUUGAACUUUUUAACAUAGAUCCGGAGCCAGUGUGAAAAACUGCACCUAGUGAGUUUACUAUUUUUUUAAAAGCACUGUGAAUUUUGAUUAUUUCAUUCUGACAUAUGUGAACCUUUCACUAUGAAGUUUGGAAUUUCCUCGUAGGAUGCUCAAAAAAUCCUCUCUUUUUUUCAAAAUUGGACUUUUUUGAUCGCUACCUGCGCCAAGAUUUAGUUUUUCAUAUGAGAAGUUUCAAAAAUCGCAUUUGGCCCAAUAUUCAGUUCGAAACGCAUUUUUCACAACUUCAGAAGCUGCGCGAGACCUUUCUCUAGACUUUCAGAGUAUAAUUCGGUUAAUUUUUCAAAGAUUUCAAAUUGCACAUUUGAAUGACCUUGUUGUGAGAACAGUUCAAACACAACACGAAACGUGUUGACCCUGGUAUUGCGAAAUAAUUUGCAAGACGGUUAGAGUCGGGCGCAAGUUUAUGGGCGCCUAUAUAAACAGGGAAAGGCCUGACUUCGAUAGGAAGCGGUCCGAAGUCAGAAGGGUAUCAUCACGACAAGUACUGUCCAGCUGCGAACUCCCCAUGACGCCUCCUUGACCGCUUCUUUGGGCAAUUUUAGUUUCGAAACGGAGCUUUUGUUACAUGAAUUUGCAGUAGAUUUCCAAAGUUAUUUUGAUAUCUUUUUUGGGUUUUCUAUGAAUAUUGAUUUUCAAACCACAGAGUAGGAUCGUAAGAAAAUUCAUUGGAAAGAAAAAAAGGCAAAUUUUUUGUACUAAAAAGCUUCUAACCAACAGAAGGAUUUCUAAUUUUGAAAAAUUCAUAAAAUCGUAUUUAUCUGAUAUCUCUCGUUUCGAGGUAUUAUUUCAGCUUUUCUAAAAUCUGGCCGGUGAGAAAAAAAAGGCUCGAACACUGUUAAUCGAAUAAAAAAGUUUAUACAGGAAAAAUGUGAAAAAAAAAUACUUGAAAUUUUAUUUGACCCUUUUAAGGAGUUAAAAAGCUUUUUAAAAAGGGUAAAGAAUGAAAAAAAUCCGCAGUAAACAGAAGAUUGUAAAGACCAGAGGGCUUUUUUAUAUGAGAAAAGUAAGAAAAAUGGGCUUUUAAAAUACAUUUUUCUCUUUUCCAGGGAUUUGAAAAAUAUCGAAGAGUUCCCUGAACAUUUUUUAGGAUAAAAACGUUGGAGAUUUUACCAUUUUUGAUAAAUUUCGAAAGCGUUUUCUUGAUUUUAUUCAUGCAAUCAAUAUCUUCAAUUAAAAAUUGAAAAGACCUGUAAUUUUCAAGGUCGGACCAGGAAAACCGUGUCUGGCGUCGGAACAAUGCACUGGCGGAUCGAUUUGCCAGGAAAACCUAUGCGAAUGUGUCUUGCCGACGAAGUUGGUUGGAGGGUUCUGCCAGGAAGAAAUCGGUUAUUAAUAAAGUGUCACUUUUGUGUAAGAUUCGAAACUUUCAGAAUGCUCCGAACAUCAAGUCCUCCACAACGGACUCUGCCAUAAUAAAGUCCGACUCGGAGAACCUUGUCUGACUAUUGCUCAGUGUCAAGAAGGUGAGGAAUGAAUAAACACUGAAAAAAAAAUGAUUGAAAAGCCGUUUUGCAGAGCUUUAGGUUGAUUUAUGGCAAAAAUUUGGAGAAAUUAGGGAUUAAUAGAUUUUUAAAAAACAGUCAAAAAGGGUGAGAUAUGAGCUUCAGGACUUUUUAAAACCCUGUUAAGUAUGAAAAAGGUGAGAAAGAGGGUCAGAAAGAAUAAAAUCAAAUAGUUUGCAUCUAAAAUUGGUUGAAUAUUUUAGGAAAAUAAUGAGAUUAAAUUGAUCAAGCUUUUUUUCUCAGUGCAAAGCUGCUCUAUCGAAAGAAAGUCAGGCAAACUAUUUGAUUAGAAGGAAACAUGAGGUGUUGCCAGAAAGUACACAAUGAACUAACUUUAAAAUAAACGAAGCUUUGGAAAAUCAUAUCUGGGCUCCUAAACUUUUUGAGAAAUAUUGAUGGCUUUUUUCGUUGAACAAGGACUACAUACCCUCCAAAUAUCAGCUCAAUCAAAGACAUCAAAAUUUUCGACUUUGAUGGCCCAUAACUUUUUUCAAAAGCCUCUAGGGCAGUUUUUGAUGCCAGAUUUGGAAUCAGCAUGAAAAACUACAUCUAGUAAACUUGGCCUGAUUCAGAUGUCCCACUGCGAAUGGAGACCAUUCUCUAGUGAGAUUAUAAAUUUGAGAAAAAAUUAAACUCGAUGAACCGUUUAGAAUAGAGUAAGAUGAUUUUAAGUUGCUCUAUGGCUAAAUGAGAUUUUUCACAUUUUUAAAAAAAAAUUUCAGGAGCCGGAUGCGUCGAUGGCAUGUGUGAGUGCAAAAAAGGACUUGUGGAGAAAGCUGGAAAAUGUAUCUCGCCUCAAGUUGCCGCCAAGCCGGCUCAACCCAAAGUCAUCACCUCUACAAUCACCAGCCAGAAUAAAUGUGAGCAAAAAAGGAUGGGCCGAACCGGGGAUUGAACCCGGGACCUCUCGCACCCAAAGCGAGAAUCAUACCACUAGACCAUUCGGCCGACGAAAAUUUGUCCCAAAUUUUCCAAGGAAAAGGUGUUUCUCCGAUGCUUUGCCCCUGGAAGGAGGCCUAGAAACUGGAUUUUUGUCCGAUUUCUGCGCGGAACAUGGUCAGAGAUAAAAGCGCAGAAACUAUUUCAGUGAUCCCUCGAGUGUUUUUAACUUUUAAUAGAGCUUAUUAAUUUGUUAAAUAUUUUUGUACCACGAGAACAAGUUGGUUCCAGAGUAUCAUAUUCAAAAAUUAAAAUAUUUUGUCAAUUCUUCAAAAUUGUCAAGCUUAAUUGUGAAAAAACAAAAAAAGAAUGGGCCGAACCGGGGAUUGAACCCGGGACCUCUCGCACCCAAAGCGAGAAUCAUACCACUAGACCAUUCGGCCGACGAAGAUUUGUCCCAAAUUUUCCAAGGAAAAGGUGUUUCUCCGAUGCUUUUUUCCUGGAAGGGGGCCUAGAAACUGGAUUUUUGUCCGAUUUUGGCUUCGGCGAUAGUUCAGAGACCAAGAGGUGUAUAGGAAUACCUUCAUUUUUACCUACAGCAAUUUAAGAUCAAAGAAGAGAGUUAUCAAGUUGCAAAGGUUGAAAACAUUCGUUUUAAAUUUUUUUUUUCCCCUAAAAACGUUUGAAAUUUUUUUGAAAAAUCUUUCCUCUCUGAAUUCCUAUUAGUUUUAAUCAUUUUUCCUUUUUCCAUCCAAUCAUUUGUCUUUCUUGGGUUGAAAAUUUCAACUAUAUUUCUCAUUUUGCAAUAAAAUCAAGCUUUUAUGAAAGCCACAGAAAAAAAGCAAAAAAUGUUGGGCCGAACCGGGGAUUGAACCCGGGACCUCUCGCACCCAAAGCGAGAAUCAUACCACUAGACCAUUCGGCCGACGAGGGUCGCCGCCGUCGCCUCGAGGCAAAUAGCCGGUGUGCGCUGUUGACAAAUAGGAAGAAUUGCGAAUUAAAUUUAGAAAUUUUUGAAUUUCGUAGCUUUAGAGAUUGUAUUAUUAAAUGUAUCAAGGUGAAGAGUUGUAUGAAAUUUUAAAAAAAUCCAGAAGAGGGUGAUCAUUUUUAUUUCGAAUACUUUUCAAAUGAUGAUCUUGAAAUGAUUGAAUUAUUGAUAGAACUGUCUUGUCUGAAAAUUUUGAUUUAAAAACGUAGUAUUUUUUGUCUCGGAGGCAAUCCUGAGUGACCUUCGGAAAUUCUGACAACAAGUUUUGAAGCCGGUUCCGUACUUUUUCUAAUUAAAAAAGGUGCAAAAAAAGCGGUCAAUUGGUGCCAAUGGAUGGGGGUUGCACAGGGUCGGCAAGCCGGCUGCGACUUUUUUCAAUUGGGUAACCCACUGACUUCGGACCGCUUCUCUUCCUAUCAGCACUUUCCUGGUUUAUAUAGGCGGCCGCGUUUUUGCGCCCGACCCCCACGGAGAUCGAUUCCAGGUGUUUGUCAUGGUAUUACGAAACAUUGCACUAGUCGGUUGGAGUCGGGCGCGCCCUUCAGGCCGCCUAUAUAAACCAGGAAAGAAUGGAAAGGGACAGGAAGCGGUCCGGAGUCUCUGGGUUAUCACUGAAAUUGAACCUCCCAUUGGCACAAACUUGACUGCGAUCCUUUUGAAGUGAGAUAUGAUCGACUUGAGUUUUUUUUUUUCAAUGAUAGAGUUGAAGCGAUUCUCUUGAAAAUAGGCAUUUGUUUUAUUUUUGUUAUAAAUUUAUUUUUUUAGUAUGGUUCUUCCCAUUGGCUGGCCAUUUCCGAUCACGAUCAAAAUUCAGUUCACUGUCAUCCAUGUUUCAGAGAGAAAAAAGUUGAGAACGGCUACAGAUGGGGUCGGGGAUCCCGUGAAAAAAGCCGAGUAGGCCAUUUUCAGACCAAAUUUGGUUUUCAAACGAAACUUCGAGGUCAUGGUCAACCUGAAACCAUUCCAAGUCGCAUUGAGAAUCAACAAUAAAGAUAUAUGAAUGAUCUGGAAACAGAGCUUGAAAUGAAUCUUCAAAGAAACUGCUGUCAGACAUCAUGGACUUCACCCAUUGUCGCCGCAAGACCACGAUUGUGCGCCUUCGGAGCGAUUUUGCAAAAUGAUAGCCCACCUAAAAUUUUUCAAACUGGUAUCAGCUUGUAGAGCUUCUCAAAAAAUAUCUAGUGAGGAGCUAGGAAGCAUGAAUUUCCCGGCUCAACCUCAUGGUAGCCGAAAAACUAUCUCGGCAGACACAAAAAGUACCGUAACUCAAAUUUUUUCCACAGUAACCCAUUAUGUUAUGUACUGUAAAAAUUCUCGAAAUUGCAUUACCUAUCGAUUGAUAUACAUCAUGCCUGGUGAAAUUUCAUAUUUCCCUAGAUACGCAGGUGCCCACCUGCCUACCGUAACCCGGCUACAAUAAAAGGAAUUGACUCAAAAAACUGCGUCCGCAAUUCUGAUGACUUACAGUCAUACUGGGUGAAGUCUCAAAAUACUUUUUUUUAAAAUUGUACCCGUUGUUUUUGAGAAUUACAGAGUCAGCGUGUUAAAAAGUAACUUAUGCGAAAUAAUGCACAAGUCGGUUGAAGUCGGGCGCACCGUUUUGACCCUCUAUAUAAACAAGAAAUGAGUUUAAUUGAACAGGAGCGGUCCGAAGCCUUUGGGUUAUCGCCACUAUGAACAUCCAUUGACGUAACCAUGACCGCGAUCCUUUUUGUAGUUAUGAAGUUACUUGAUUUUUUUCAACUCCCGUACCUAGGAAAUAACGAAAAUAUUUUUUUCAUACGUUUAUAUUUUCACUAUAAUUCUUCUCACCAGCUGUCCAGUUAUGGAUAUCUGAUUCACAAAAUAUUUCUCUUUCCUAAAAAAUAGAAAAGAGGUGAAGAUUUUGAAGCAAAUUACGAAUAUAGAUAUAUUCAGUUUUCGGAGAAGAUUUUCUACUGAAUUAUGAAAUAAUUAAAGAAUUUUUGACGGUUUUCGAAACUGUCUUUGAUCAAAACGGCGUGUAGAACAUCUAUUUUUUUCUGAUGAUAGUGGUAGAAAAAGUUUGAUCAGCUACUUCUCCAUGGAGAAACAGUUCGGCGACCAGCUGGUCCUGACAGGUUUAUUAUUUUUUUUUCCUCAGACGAGAGCGGAAAGAGAACCGACCACUCCGCGUAUAGAAAUGAGAUAAUAAUAAUAAAACUUUUGAUAACGGAUAAGAAAAAAAAAAUGCAAAAGUCGGUUGAAGUCGGGCGCACCGUUUAGGUCGUCUAUAUAAAUUAGAAAUGAGUUCGAACAGGAGCGGUCCGAAGUCUUUGGGUUAUUGCUACGCUACUAUGAACAUCCCAUUGACGCAAACUUGACCGCUCUUUUUUCCUUUUUGAAGUAUAAUUGAAUAGAAUUUAAGAAUCUCCGAAAAUUCCUGUCACUUUUUUUGCGUUGAUGGGGUCCUUAAAAAUCAAAAAUAUUGCCAAAAAAGGAAUUUUAUCAAUAUUUUUCAGUGGCGACAGCCUCGUGCUCGAAACCUGGCUGGAAACCGUUGCGAGACGCGGAAACUCAGAGGGCCGUCCAUUGUAGUCCCAUUGGAAAAGGAUGCCCAGCUGGCCAUGAAUGUCAGAUCAACAGCAGGAGAACUCAGUACUUCUGCUGUACUUCUGGAGGCGGCGGCACGGCUACCGAGAAGGCCAACGCCAAGAAAGGAGCUGGUAAUGGUUUUUCUUUGUAUUUACAGUGUUAGGGUUAGAGAAGCUGACAAAAAAAAAUGCGAAAUGUGUUGGUAGAGUAGCAGGCUUGUAUGAGGCCUCGCCCGUCAGCCGAUCCCCCGGGCCACUUUCUAAGUCCCCGCCCCUUAUUUUUUACGGCAAAAAGACCGCACAGCCUGUAGAAUGAACUUCUUUCUGGAUAAUGCGCUCCACCGAUAACAGUACCUAAAGACUGAAUUAGAGUUUAUUUACUACUUUUUUCCUAUUCCCUUUUUCCUUGAGCAAAAAACAUAAUUACCUUUUAUGUACAGUAUAAAAAUACAAAUCACUUCUACCGUAUUUUUUGAGAUAUCCUUUACAAAUUUUUCACCAAAUUCACCCUCAUAAAAUAUACAUUAAAAUUCUUGAACAUAUAAGAGGAAAACUCGAUCCAAUAAAAAAGGACUGAAGUCAACGAAUAUCGGAUACUGUUAUCCGUGGAGCGCAAAAGGCGCACGAAUUUCCGCCAAUGAAAGUUUUUCGCUGCCUCGUUUUUUCUCAAUCGAUACGUAUUUCCGCGCACCAAUUAUGCAAUUUGAUACAGAAUUUUCUCACUCUGAAUUUUCGAUAACUUGCAACGAACGACAUUACAGUAUGCCCCUACGGUCGGAUACCGUACCUGCUCAAUGGAAGUCCGCUAAAGUGCACCGCGGCCCGCUGCCCCAAGGGCUACGAAUGCACCUACCGUAACCAGGAUUAUCACUGUUGCUCUUCGAUUGACGGCGAUAGCCAACUUGGGUCAACGACGGCUGUUUCUGGAUUGGCCGGAGGCCAGAAAGGUGAUAAAAAAAAUGAAAUUUUUCAGAGAAACUUUUUUUUUAUUGUGAUCUUGUUUAGUAUUUGAAGCUUAUGAAAUUUCGAAGUAGAAAAUUGAGCCUCAAGGCUUACAACUCAUCUUCAAAGAUUUUAAUCCAGCUCAAAGGUUGUUCCGAAGCUUGAAUUUUCCUGGAGUAGCUUCAGGAUUAAAUUUCAUAAAGAAGCUUGUAAAUUUUCAUUUUUUUUUUUUGAAGGUCCAAACUUAGCUAAGAAGUUGAUCAUUUUACCUGAGAACUUUUGAUUAAAUUACCUUAUCCGGUACUCGUAUUUUUUUGCUGAUUUCUGUUCAAAGCGCAGUUGUUAUAGAAUUUUAGGUAUAUAUUUUCCCGAAUUCAAAGGACUUUUCCAGCCACUCCAUCACCCUUGAUGGACCAGUGUCACCGAGGAAAGCCGCUCAUUUAUCCAACGACAAAAAAACGCCAGUUUUGUGCCAACCUGGACAUCGCGGCUGUCCCGCUGGGUAAUUUUAUCUUGUUCAAUUAUUUUUUUAACUGUCUUGUUAUCAAGUUGUCUUUUUAUUUGGCCGCAACAGUCCUUAAGCAGUUAGAAAUAACAUUCAGAGGAACGAAGAUGUAAAAUAGAAUAUUUUACUUGUUAGGUAUUUUUCUUGGAACCUACACAUAAGCUUUUGAGAAAAAUGCGUUGACUGCCCAUUAACUUUAUUGCAUUGAACUGGACCCUGAAGACGUUAGGGUUUCCGAAAUAAGCUUGGAAAUCCCGGAAUCACCUGGUGGGAAGCUAGAAUCUAGAGCUAUUGUAAAAGUCCGUCCUUUUCUGUUUCGCAAGGGCUUCUGGGACGAUCUUGAGGUUUUUAGGCGAGUUUAGCUCAAAAUUUUGAUACUUGAGAGCGAAAUUUUGGUUGACCUCGAAGGGAGUCGAACCAGAAAUUUUCCCACGUCAGACGUCAGCUUUUACUUCUUAGUGACUGCACAUAUCUAUACAAAAACUGUUUUUUCGAUGGCAACCUUGUAGGAACAGCGCUAGGAUAAUGAAAGUUUGACUCUGGGGGUUAUUUUGUGCUCUGAAUCGAGUGACACUCGCAGAUUUUUGAUAUCUUCACACAUUUUUGCCAGAAAGUCCAAAAAUCGAGGGGGGUGUCCUAUCCUUGUUGGAAGCAGUGUAUAGAUGCGCAAUUAAGCACCGGUUACUCGUUCAUUCUUUCUAAAAUUGACUUGAAACAGAUUAUAAAUGUAUUUUUAGAUUCGUCUGCACGAAGAGUCCAACGACGCCCUAUCACAUCUGCUGUUCUUCAAGACUCAGUGAUCGGCCGGGUUAUGGGGCUUUCGGAGGCCUCAGUCCACCUGCGGGUACCUUUUUUUCAAAUAUUCAGAGGCUAAUUAAGAAAGAAAAAAAUCAAAAUUGAGUUUUUUUCAUGUAUGAGAAAAGUCGAGAGAAUGGUUCAACUUCAGAUUUUUUUAAAAAAAUAAGCAUUUUUUUAAAAAAAUUGUUCUGAAAAAGUUCGUUUGAUUAGAAAUUUGGUCUGAAAAGUUUAUUUGGUCAGAAUUUUUGGCCUUAAAGGUUCAUUUGGUCAAAAAUUCGGUCUAAAAGGUUUUUUUUUUUGGUUAGAAAUUUGGUCUGAAAAAAUUAUUUGGUCAGAAAUUUGGCCUGAACGGUUCAUUUGGCCAGUUAUUCUGGAGUCAGGGCUAGAUAAAUCGAAAAAUCGAAAAAUUCGGUAUAACUUAGACUCGACAAGAAUACUGAAAUUAUACAGUAAUAAAGGUGAUGUCCAACUGUCCUUUGUUUAAAAACCUAAUUGUUUGAUCUAUUAGUUUUUUUUCCUCCAGAAAUUUGUGUAAUUUCUAGCCGUAAAUCCCUGCGAAGGCUUCAUGGUCCUGGUGAGCCGGAUCGUCGAUGGACGGAUCGAAAAACGAUGCGGUUUGUUUCGAAAUUCUAAUUUAAAAAAGGGAUGUUGAAAAAUGGAUUUUCGAACUUCUAAUAACGAGUUUGAACUAAAAUUUGAUUCAAAAGUUUUUUUUCUUUGAAUUUGUUAUAGUUUUGAGGAAAGCCGAUCACCAUAACUUUUUGUGAAUUUUUCAUUUUUUUCAGAACGAAGCUGUCCAUACCCUCAAAUACCGAUCGGAGGCGUAUGCUACGAAAUGAAGAAGAAUAUUUAAAUUUUUAAUCGCAUAUUCUAGUUUUUUUCUUGUCAAUUCGAAACAUUUUCUGUUCCCAUAUAUCCUUUUUUGUACUUGUAGGUUUUUUUCAGAGAGAUUGGGCUGUCGAAUUUAGGUUUAAAGCGAUUUUGAAGAGCUGUACCGUAUAAUAUUAUUAUGUAAAAUCAAAUCUCUGAACCUUUAUUAGGUAGCUAAGAACUUUAGGGACUCGAAAAUUGAAUAGGAAGGUUUAUUUUUUUUUUGCUAUUUUGAGACCUUUAAAUCUUCAAAUUGACUUCUAACAUAAUUUCAAGAGGCCAGCAAGUUUGAGAAGCUUUUAAAAUUGAAAAAAAUUAUUUUUAAAUUUUUUUGGUAAUGGAAUUUUCAUUGGUUUCCAAAAAAAUUGAGGGAGAUCCCGGUUUUUCUUCAAGUUUCUAGCAACUUUUGGGCCAAUUUGAAAUUCAAAAUGAACGUCUGUACUUUAGGCUGAACGCUUUGAAACAUAGGAAUCGAAGAAAAUUACCCAAUUAUUGCUUUUUUGAAAGUUUGAGUCUUUUCCUAACUUCUGAUCAGAAGCGAUUAGAAAGCCAAAUCUUUGAAGCUCUAAAUUUUUCCAAAAAAUAAUUUUUUUGAGGUCCCCUUUCCCUAACGAUAGUUGCUACGUGUAGCAGAAAGUCGUGAGCUCGUGAGACGGCUCAUUUUGACAGAUUCUUGGGUCGGAAGCACGAAUUGUCUUACGUGAAAGGUCAUAACGGCCUUUUGGCGACGAUUUGACAGCUCUGACCAUCAAACAGUCGCCGCGUGGCCACACCUCCACGCCGGACUUCCUCCUCGGAACUCCGUCCGUGUCGGCUGUUCAUUUCUCCCUCAUUUCAAUAGUCUUUUUGAAUCAUCCUUAUGCUUUUUAAGCUUCUAGGGGAUCUUGAGAGGGAACUAGGGCCAUUUUCUCAUAGAUACUGAGAUUUGGUUUCAGUUUUAAUGACUUUUCUUGAAGCUUCUUGACUUUUGAUUAGGAUGUACUACUGAUAUAUUUUAUCUUCUAGUGGUCGAAUAUUCUUGAAGCUUUUUUGAGCCUCCAGGUUACUUUUAUGAAGUUGCAUUUUAAUUUAUUUCACUUUUAAUUAUUAUUUUUUCUUCCUUUAGGGUAUUAGGUCGGUUUCUUCGAGACUUUUCUUCAACUUCAAUCUUCUUCUUCUUACGCCUUUGUACCGCUUGAGCGGUGUCGGCGCCCCAAGUCGAUGAGCCGAGGUCCUAUCCUGAUAUCAGUGGACUGGCUCCAGUGACAUAUCCGCCCUCGUGUGUGACGGCUGGGGAUUUUGAAGUCGUGGUUUCCCACUACCAACAUUUCUUAUGCCGUGUUCAAAGUAAUUUCCGCGAAAUGCAAAAUGAUCUCUGACUCUCCAAAAUUUAGUGAUCUUUUCCUUUCUCUAACGGGUAUUUUGCAUUUCGCGGAAAUUACUUUGAACACGGCAUAAAACCCUUGGUUGGGUCGGGGCGGGGAUCGAACUUGUGACCCUGUGGACCGUAGACAGGCACACAACCUGUUGCGCUACGGCGCGCCCCUUUCUUCAACUUGAAUGAAAAUUGAAUAUCGAUUUAUAUAGAUUCAAUAAUAUAUAAGUUCAAUAUUAGUAUCUUUCCGAAGAUCCUUGAGCUUUUAAGUACUCUUCAAGAGGGUUUUUUUUCAAUUUAUCAUUUUUUGACCUGGUUUUAUAAUCUUUUGAAAUGUUAAAGAAGGUUUUGAGGAAGUCAGUAGGUUUUAUGGAACUUUAUGUUUUUUUUUUCUGAAUUUAAAAGAAAUUUUGAACUAUCUGUGAGGGUUCGUAUAGAUUUGUAGUGCUUCUAGUGCUACUUUUUGGAAUUUGAACAUCAUUUUUCAAGCUUUUAUGUCUCUCUAGUCGCUUUCCUGGAUGAUUUUUUGAAUUUUCGAAAAUUUUCAACUAAAUCCUUGGUUUUUUUUUUUAGCUUUUUGCAGGAUUCUGAUUAUUUUUUGUGAAACUCUUCAUUUUUUUUCAAAAUCUGCUUGCUUAGACCUUUUCUUGAACCUUAGACGAUUUCAGAACUCGAAAAAUAAAUAUCAAAUUCGACAGCCCAAGCCUCAUUUUCUUCAUUAUUUCUUCUUUUUUGCUCAAAAUAUAUUUUUCUUAUUGUAUUUGUGCCCCUUUUUUGAUAUUUUUGCCAGAAUUCCAUCUCAAUUUUUUUUUGUCUUUCACAGUCAAACUCGUCCAUUUUUCCCUGUCUUUCGCGUUUUUUUUUUCAUUUCAGUAUUUGAAUUUUUUUGUUUGAGCUUUUCCUGCUCCUCCUCAAUGGCAGGAAAGCAGCAGUGGCUGCUGCUCACAUCAUUCUUGGCGCUUAGAUGUGCAGGUUUGAGCCAUUCCCUUUUUUUCUGUCCUAUGUGGGAUCGUAUUGUUUUUCUGUAGGUACCAUGUCACCAAUCGUCUUUCAACAGUUAUAUAUGAUAUAGCUCUUCGAGUUUUAAUCUAUUAAUCGCUUUAAUAAAGAUAUUUUUUCAUUAUUAUUCAAGAAAAAUUUUCAGGGUGUGUCAUAUUUUCAAGUUAUUAUUUGGAAGGUGUAUCUUUUCAGGUCCUUUUUUUAAGUUUCAAAUUUUUCGUGAGCUUCUUCUGAUGAUUGGAGGAGCGGAAAGCUUGGGCUUUUUCUUUGAAUUUUUUUCGAAUUUGAGAAAAAAAAUGAGCAAAUACAAGACUUGUUAGUAUGUAGAAACUUUAUAAAACGUAGGAUUUUACACUAUUUUUCUUUUAGAGAAAUGUUUUUGAAUAUUAGAAGAUAAAGACCAAAUUUGGAACACCUCUGAGAAAUACCUUUCAAAGGGACUCUGACAAGAAAAAAACCAGAAUUAUAAUAUUUUUUUGGUUUAAUUUUUAAGAUUGAAGUGUCCACCUACUGUAACAGUCUCACGCGAAAAAAAUUCGCCUUUUUUUCCAAGUUUAAAAAAAAAUUUUUUUCCCUAUUUUUCUUUCAUUCUGUAAUCCUGUAGAAAGCUUCCCCCGCGCAAUUAAUGUAGAAAACCCCCCCAACUGCCAUUAGGUCUUCAAAAAUUGUUUUUCAAGGGGUUUUCGAAACUUUUAGAUUUUUUUAGUUAUUUUUAAAUAAAGCAAUACUUUUUAUGCCGUCCAACGAAAAAAACGAAUCAGCAAAGAUUCUGGAAGAGAGAUUCACCCCCCCCCUGGCAUUAGGUUUUUAAAAAUUGUUUUCAAGAGUUUUCGAAGGAGUAUAGACAAUAUUGAUGAAGUUCUGUGGAUUUUUGUAGUUAUUUUGAAAAAAGCAAGAAAAACUCCAGCAAGGAUUCCUUAAAAAACCAUCAACUUUUCAAUUUUUCCGAGUAUUCCAUUCCUCUUUCAGGCCUACAUGAUCAUCGACGGCAAGAACGACAAACGGGCAGUGGCCGUGUCGGCGAUGCCUGCGCCUUUAAUACCGAUUGCCUGACGGUAUCUUUCAGAAAUCUGUAGAAAGAAGCCAAGUGGCCACUUCAGGGGAUGUUCUGCAACUCGGGACUUUGCUCCUGUUUGACGACGUACAUUGCUGCAGAGAGUUAUUGUUACCAGAGUGAGUUCUGGUUGGGAAAUUUGGGAAAACUCCAAAGUGGUUCCUAUAGGGGCAACCUCCGGGACCCUCGGAGGUUCCCUCUAGGGACCACUUUACCAACCGUUAUAGAAGUCGCUAAAGCUUGCAAAAAUGGUCCCUAUAGGGGAUCUCAAAGCGAAGAAGCAUAUCCAUGCGAAAAUUAGAAUGAAUAAGGGUUUUUUUUUUCAAAUGAUUUUGAGAGGCCCCUAUAGGGACCUUGAUUUUACCACUAAAGGGACCACUUUUUCGGCCUUUAUAAGGGUUGUUUGACUUGUAAUAAAGAAUACUUCACGUUCGAGAAGGAAAAAACGAUGUGGAGGGUAAAAUUUAUCAGUUUUGACCCGAAUUUUUUGAAAUUCAAUCCUCUGAAAGUUAUUUUUCCCGGCUCAAAAAAUGAUUAUCAUAGUCAUUUUUAAAUGAGGUUCAAAAGAAUUUUUCAUUUUUUUUUUCUUCCAAAACUAUGAUUUUUCAUUCAUUUCAGUUCGGAAAUUGUGAAAAUUUUCAAAUUUUCAGCCUUGGGAGUUUUUUUCAGUUAAAUAUUCUGAAUGGUUUCGUUGUCCGUUUUCUAUUUUUCAAAUGAUUUUUUUUUCUCUCAACUUUCUGAGGUAAUAUUCGAGAGAUUUUUUUCCCGAGGCUAACCUGAGAUAUCAUACCUAUACAUUUAUCAUAUUUCAUUUUUCUCAAAGCAUUUGAUUUAUUUCGCCCUCAGAAAUCGACCCGGGACAGCCCGGCUGCGUCUACAACGAACAGUGCGCCUCGGUGUGGCCUGACGCUUUUUGUGAUACUUCAGCUGGAGUUGGAACUUGCCGCUGCGGGGAGAAUAAGGUCGGCUUGAAAAAAAAAAAUGGGAAAAAUUCCAUUUUUAAGGUCGAAAGAGCCACGAGAGACGGCCACGUCUGUCUGGACGUCCUCGACGCCAACCACAACACUUUAGCGAUCACUUGUCCGCUGCCGGAAGGCGCUGGGUUAGUUUUGAGUUACACUUUCUAGAAAAUUCCUUCAUUCUUAUUCAUAGAGCUUCUUUUCUCUGAGAAUAUAUUUUUAACUAUUCUUAAUAGGCAAUUUUGAGUUCCAGGUUCAGAAAAAAAAAAAAAAAUUCAAAAAAAUUCGUCAAAAUAUAGCCUUAAAAUCGCAUCGUUUUUCAUUCUCAAGAAUAUCUCUCACUAGAAAACAUAUUUUUUUAACCAGUUUUAAUAUAAAUAGGGAAUUGGGAAGACAGAAAUGGGAACAGGUUUAGAAAAAAAGUUUCUGAAAAAUUCGGCCCUUGUGACCUGAGGUUGAAACUUAAUUUUUUUCCUAAUUUUUCUAAAAAUUUUCUUAAGCCAACCCCUCCUCCCGGGCUGAAUGAGUUUUUUUCACCUGCCCACCUGCGUCUUUUAUUGAAAUAGUGUGGAAUUUUUUUCCGUUUUUUUAAUAACUGUUGUGAAGUACCAUUAGAAUCCCAUUAAUAAGCGCUUUUGAGAAGUUUCAGUUACGAAAUGCGACGUUAAAUUGCAGGAAAAUCGAAUAAUCACGUUGUUUUUCUAUAUUUUUUUAGUGAAUAAAUAACACUAGAAACAUGAUGGAUAAGAAAAAAUUCAUCGGAAACGGUCAAAAUAGAGUUCCAAAAUACCUCAUGAACUAACUAGGGAAUGUCCUCAGCUCCCAGGAGGACUUCUGAAUGAGACUAGCUUUCCUAGAUGCUGUUUUUUCACGCUGAUCUGCGCUCAAAAGAUUCCCUAGAGGCCUGUAGGGAGGUGUAGAAAAAAGUGGGGCUAGUUAGAUCCUAAGUUGAUCCUCAGGGCUCGAAAUUGGCAGUCCCAAGUUUUUAGAUUUUAAAAUUGGCAGUCCCAAACUCUUGGGCAAAGUCGAAAUGGUGGAUAAUGGCCACUAAAAGAGAGAGGCUCAAAAAAGGCAGCAAAGAGAGUCCUUUUAUCGAGCCUCUCAUUUUUCUGGGAUUUUAAAGGGUCAAGAAAUGGUGGAGAAAGGGAGAGGCUGCAAAAAUGGUGCAUGAGGACUGAUGAAAUGGAGAAAAAAGGGAGCCUUGGUUACCAUAAAAGAAUACUUUGUUAUGACCCUCGGAGGGUCCUUCCGACUUUACCUAUGCUUUUAGACUCCAAAAUUGGCAAACUCAAGUUGUUAAACUCCAUGUUUUAAAGCUUAAGUCUAAGGGCCUAUCCGUUUAUAAAUAAAUAUUUUAUUUUGAAACUUUCAGGUACACCUCAGCCCUUUCCGAUCCAGCUCACCCAAGACAAAAUGACGGUCCAGGCCCAGUUUUGUGCAACACUGACAGUAUUCUGACACAACAGGCUGAUAAUAUUGUGAGAAAUUACAAGAAAACAAAAUGUAAAUUGGUAACUUGAAGCUCGGCGACGGAAACGCGGCCUGUCUGUUCCCGUCGGAUGGUUCUUUCAUCGCCGAUUUGUACGAUUGCGUUGAAUUUGUGUCGGCAAUGGAUUUGAGUACUUCUGGGUACAGUGAUAAGGCCAACGGCAUCUGUUGUCCUAAUCGAGGUUUGGGUUUUUGAAAAUGUAGACGAAAGACUGAUGAGAAAAUGACCCCAAAAUUUUCAAAUGUUAUGCUCCGUGAACAAAAACCCUUUCUUUCAAAAGGGAAAGAUUAUACAACUGAAAUAAAAAUCACAAGCUUUUUUUCACGGUUUCCCUCUGGCCAUCAAUGAAUUCAUUUUAAAAUCAUUUGUACGACUUUUUUUAAAGAGAAAUAUAGAGAAUAAGCAAGUUUUUUUAGCGUUUACCUGCGUUCAACCCACAGCCACCGGUCCGAAUCCGACGGAACCACGCUGGUGGUACAAUUCUAUCACAGGUAAUUCCGGUUCAAGAAAUAUUGUUCAUAAAAAAAGCCAAAAAAAUUGCGAAAUUUUAUAAUAAAUUACUAACUUCUAUAGCGUACUUUCUUUUUAUCAACAUUCGAUAAAAAUGCUCACACUUUCAGAGCUUUUCUGAAGCCUUCAAAAAUUUAGAGUUCAGAAAAUAAGUUAAAACCUGAUUCAAUUGCAAAAAGUACAAAGAAUGAAAAAAAGCGAGAAAAAAAACUUAUAUGCGCGUGGAAAAAAGUUUAGUACGUGAGCACUUCUCAUUGCGUACUAUAGACCUACAGUAACCAAAAAAACUAUUAAAAGAAGCGCUUUUUUUGGCCCAUGUUUUUUUCUAUUGAAAAGUUUUUUUCUAUGAUAAUAUAAUUUCGAUAACGACUAACAAUAAUAAUUGCUUUUCGCUUUGAUACCUUCAGAAAGAUUUUCCCACGCGCCUUUGAAUUUUCAGUAAUAUUUUUGAAUGAACCAAAAAAAUGUUUCUAUUGCACACGUUUAGAUAAUGGAAACUCUGAUCCUGCUGUCAUCGAAAAGUUUUCAAAAGUCGAAAUUUUAUUUUUUCAGGAAUGUGCCAACAAUUCCUGUGGGAUCCGACGGCUUCAGGCCCCGGAGAACAUUCGCCGAAUAAUUUUCGAACCGUUGAACACUGCGAAAGCUUCUGCAGAGAUUGUACUUUGUUCCGAAAUUAUGAAAUUCUGAUGCUUUAUAAAUUUAGCCUGUACCCGAGGAGCACCGGAAUAUGAGCACCGGUCGAAUAUUCUGGAAGAAACACCGAUCACCGGAUGCUCCCAAUCGACAACUUGUUCCAAUAAUUUCGAGUGCAAAUCGGUUGGAAGUGCUCAGUGGUGCUGCCCCACCGUUGGUGAGACCAUUUUUUCAGAAUUUCAAAAAAAAAGAUUGAGUUUUGAUUUUCUCGAAACUUCCUUGUUGAUGAAGUAUCGUUUUGGGAUUUAGUUAAGAGAAAAAAUGAAGGAUAUUUUCAACUGGUUCUCCUGGAAAUCAUGUCUGAAAGAGAAAAAAACUGAUCAGAAGGAAUUUUUGUUAAUAAUUUUUGAAUUAAACCGUUUUUUUCUGUUGUUAAAAAGAAGGUAUUUUUAAGAUUUUUCGUCACAAAAAAAUUUUUGUAAAAACGAUUUUUUUAAAGCCGCUCUACGUUGAAACCACUAACAUUAAAAAAAAUAUAUUUCCGCAAUUUUUUUCGAAUUUUUUUGGGCGUAAAUAAUCAUUUUUUAUCUCACUGAAAAGAUGAUUUUUUUCAAGAUUAUUAACAUAAAAAAAUUCAAAAAUUUUUUUGUUCUGAGUUAGUUUUUCAUUUGACUCUUUAACAUUAAAGAAGCUAGUUUCCGCAAUUUUUUGAAUUUUUUGGGCGUAAAUAUGUUGAAGGAUCAUUUUAUUCCACAGAAAAGAUGAUUUUUCAAGAUUAUUAAAAUAAAAUUUUGAAAAAUACUGUUUUUAGUCUGUUUCCAUUUGAUACUUUUACAUUAAAGAAGCUAUUUUUUUCGAUUUUCCUUCCGUUGGUCAAGUUGUAUUUUUGUCGUAUCUUUCGAUUCUGAACUCAAGUUUUCAGCUGCGAUUUGCGGAUAUAUUGGAGGACGCCCUCUUGAUCCAUCGAUUCAUAAUCGAGGAACCGUUUUCCAUUCGGGAGUCGAGAAACAGGUAAAUGAAGUCUGAGAAUGAUUAUAACUGUAAAAUAAGUAUCAAAAAGGUAUCCUGCAGAAGAAAAUGAUACUUUUUCUUUAAAGCGCCCACUAAAUCUUGCGAAAGUAAUCCCUAUAGGGGUCCUAGCUAGUGGUCCCUAUAGCGGACAUGGUGGUAUGAAAAAACCACCAGCGAAAAUUCAAACGGCGACUUUUCCGAUUUUUUCAUAUCGCUAGGGAACUUUCCGACGGCCACCUUUCCGACGGAUCCCUUUCCGAAUUUUUUCCCUUAAGUUUUUCGGUUUAUAAAACAUCUAUAAACAUUGUUUUUCUAUUUGUAUGUGUUUUAAACUUGAAUAACUUGCCUACUUUAUAUAGGGAGAUUUAAAAUGAAAAGUUUAUUGAGAAAAAAAGUCGGAAAAAGUUUCGUCGGAAAGGUGGCCGUCGGAAAGUUCCUUAGCAAUAUGAAAAAAUCGGAAAAGUCGCCGUUUGAAUUUUCGCUGGUGUUUUUUUCAUACCACCGCGGACAUGCUAGUCGAUAAUUGUAAUAAAAGCUAAGCGAAGAAGCAUUUUCAUGAAAAAAACCGAAUAACUAAGCGUGAAAUCUUAGCGGCUAAGAGUCAGACCCUAAACCCCUAUAGGGACCACUCUAAAAUUCCUAACUAUUUAAGAGUUUCGAGAUCUGUUUUUGAAGUUAUUGGGAAGAAAUAAAGCGCUAAACACCUCCCAAAGUAAUCUUUCAUUUUCUUCAACAUCAAUAAAAACUUCAAAAGUUCAUACAAACUGAAUAUUGAAGGGAACCGCCCCGUCGACCCGAUUCUACUACGAUUCCAACAGUGGAAAAAUGCAGCCCAUUCACUUAUAUGGGCGCCGGAGGAAAUUUUAACAAUUUCCUGUCGAGAAUCGAUUGCGAGUUGUACUGUGCCAGAUGUGAGCAUGAUUUUCAGCAAAAUUUUGCUUUAAUUAUUUAUCUUUUAAACCUAGUUUCAAAAAACUUUAAAAUAAAACAACUUUGCAAAUCAUAUCUCAACAAUGAGAACAUGUUUCUUACAAGGGAGGUCAUUUUUCUUGGCGGUUUGGAAUUUUUCUGAAUUGCUCAAACGCUCUCUGAAUUUCUAAAAAGAAGAUUUAUCAUAGUCGCUUCCGUCGCGAAAAUUUCUACUUUCUAGAUAAUUAUUUUGAAGUUUGAAAAAAAUUAGGCUUAAAAAAAUAUCUCAAAAAAAUUAGAACUUUUUUUCCUUGCCAAAAACACAUUUUUUUCCCUAAAUUUGGCUUGCAAUCAAGAUGGUUGAUUUUAUUCCUUAAGAACUCGAUGUGAAAAAAAUCAUUUUUUUCAACACUUUCUGACUUGAAAAACUGGUCAGAUUUCAGAUUCUGAUCAUUCAUAAUAAAUAUCUUUGAAAUUUUUACAAAAACAGUAUCUGAAAAGGUAUAGAAAAAGUAUGAAGUGUGUUGUGGCCGUUGUAGUAGAAGAUUUAUUAGUAACACGAAACUAGACUAUGCUAGCCCCCUUUUACCAUAACAAACAAGGGGUUAUAUAGUGCUGAGGGAAGAGAUCCCGAAGAUUAUGGAAUGUUCCAGAAUAAAGGUGGAGUUUGAAUAGUAUUGAUAUUAGAGUAAAAGAUGGAACAUUCCAGAGUUUUAGAGAUCUGUCCCGAAAGCAUUAGAACAUUCGAGAACAAUGUGGAGCCUUCUAGAAAGGUAGAGAACAAAUGAGAAGAUUGUGGAACUUUCUAGAAGGGCUUAAUAUAAGCGUUCUGCUCCAACAAGGUGAAUUAUACUUUCUUCGCAAAAAAGAAUAUAUGAUUACAGUACAAUGCGACCGAGGGAAUCCCCUCCGAAUCGGUGACGUCACUCAAUCUUGUGGAACCAAUAACGACUGUCCUUCCUCUCAUGAGUGCAAAAUGGACCAAGCCGUUUGCUGCCCAAGAAUGCGUUCGUUUUUUUCUUAUUUUCGGAAGGGAAAAUUCAAUUUUUUUAAAACAAGGAUCCUACUACAAAAACAAAAAAAGAAGGUAUAAGAUCCUAUUUAACAAAUUUUUAGAAGAAAAGAUAAUUUAAAAAAAAAAAUUUCAGCUCAAAGUCUGUAAUCCUUUUUCAAAGCUAGUUUUGGAGAGAGAAAAUUCCGGGUUUCUGGGAAAAUUUUUAGUGGCCACCAUAGGGUUCUGACGUUUCAGUGGCCACUAUAUUAGUCAAAUUAGUGGCCACCUAAGGGGUUAGAAGUUAGAGGCCACAAUAGAGGUCCAAGUGCUACUACUAGCCCACUUAAAACUACUGUAGUGGCCGCAUGGCGUUUUUUUGGCGACGGCCCGCCCAUUUUUCGUAUAGUGUGUUGUGUGCAUACACUGCGGCGCUCUGGCACACGCCGCGUUCGAAUCGAAAUUCAGUUAUAUUUUUCACUCUCUGGUAACUAUUCUGAAUUUCGCGGAACUACUUUCAACACGGCAUGUUUUUUUAAACAAAAAAAAAACAGAAAAAUCGUUUUUUCAAAAAGAGAAAAAAAUUCGUUUCAAGACCUAUUUAUGCGCCUUCAAAAUUUCCUGUUAUUUCCAAAAAUUUUCCCAGUCUAUAAUUUUUUUGAACGGAAAGAUUUUUUAAUAACUAACACAUAAUAUAAAAAAGCAUCUUCUCUGCAUUUUCUAAAACCAUAUUCAAAAAAUGCAAAAUGCUGGCGGUCAAGUUUGUGCCAAUGGGAAGGGGGUGCACAGACACGGCAAGCCGGCUGCGACUUUUUUCAAUUGGGUAACCCACUGACUUCGGACCGCCUGCGGAAAAAUGCCACUAGCGUCGGGUUUAUAUAGCCCCUCGUCUCCCUGCAACCGACCCUCGCCGACUUGCGCAACUCUGUCUGCGUCUCUGUGCCGGCGAGUUUUUCGCCCUGGUCGCCGGCGGUCGCGACUAACUAUGAAAAGCGAGAAAAGUGCGCAUUUUUCGGUCAAAGUCGGCGAUUUACUAAUAGAGAUGGGAUAACCGCAUUUUUUUGGAUCCGUUUGUUGAAAUCAAAUAUAAUGAAGUAAUAGGAAUAUUUUUUUGAGACGUUGAAAAAUCUUGAAAUUUAUCUCAAAAAAUUAUAGCCCAUAAAAAGGAAGGUCAUGUCACUUUUUCGAUUCCUUGAAAUUAGUUAGAGCGCUCUUUAAUGUACCAGAAUCAGGUUGGAAAUUCUCUCCCUGCACACUUUUUCCAGUUUUAGAGAGGGGGAAGGGAAGUUUAAAAAAAUAGGCCGUUUUGAGGGUUUUGAUGGUUUUCUUUGACUUUGAGAUGACGUUUUUAGAAAAUUAGGAAGUUAUGCAGGUAGAAUGUUUCAGGAUUUUUUCUGGUACAUCAAGAAGUGUUCUAGAAAAUUUUAUGAAAUUCCCUACCAAGAAGUAGAAAGGCUAUCAGGAAAAUUCAGAGUUGCAACUUUAUAAAGUUGAAGCUCAGACUGGCCUUCGUUUUCAUACAUAAUUAGGAGUUUUUUUGGGAAUCUUAACAUGUUUUUUUGUAUAUCAAAAAAAUGCUCUGAUCGUUUUUUUCGGCUUUGAGAAAAAAAUUAGUUCAGGAGGGAUUAGUCUCAACUUUGAAGAAAACUAUUCUCAUUCGUCAAAUCAUUUAUCAAAUCAUUUAUUUUGUUGUUUUAGUCUGAUGUAAUCGACUAGGCGGUGAACAAGAACUUUCAAAGCUAUAACGAACAACCGCCUUUGGCGAGCUAGAAGUCCAAACGUGUAGUCAAAAGAGUUGAAAGCAUGUUCUUACGGUCCUUCGCCUCGUCCUUCUGCGCGUAGUCCAUCCAGUUGCGCCUUGACGAGCUCAGAAUGUAGUGGAUGGUGUAGCUGGAGCCCGGAGACCGUGCUCUAGGUGGAAGCCUCAGAAUGAGAGCUACCACUUCGAGUGAAGAUUUUACACGGAAUGAAGGUUUUACACGGAACUAAAUGUAGUUUCUAGAAAAGUUCAGUAUCUUUUUCAUUUAACUAACAGAGAAGAUUUUCGUGAACAGUUUUGAGUACUCAGAGUUGAAAAAAGUUAAUAUUUUGAUAUCAUUUUUUGCGAAUUUGAUAGAACUGUCCGUUCGAUAGAACUGCCCAUGGCGAUCAGGAAGAACCGAUUAUUCAAAAUAUCGCAACAUACCCGUUGGUGCUUGAGAUAUUCCAGAAAGAAAUCCUUUCAACGGUUUUUGAGCCGUCAUAAUUUUUUUCAUAGCCUUUUUGGACUUUUCGAGGCACAUACUUGGAAACAGCUCAAAAAACUGCAUCUACGUCUUUUAGAGGCUCUACUAUGAUAUGAGACCAUUUCCGGGUCAAAAAAAGGAUUUUGUACUUUCUAAACGUUCAAAAAUAUGUAUUUUUGCUUUUUAGAUCGACAUAAUGAAGCCUGGUGACAAGAAAAAUCGUUUUUGAAACUCAAAUUUUCAGAAACAAUCUGCACCCAGCCGCUUCGAAUUGGAAACUGCGAUCGGUCGGUUCGCCGAUAUUGGUACAGUGCCGCGACACGAGAAUGCCAAUCGUUUGAGUACACUGGUGCGGAAUUACUGUAGCUUUUAUUCAUCUGUGUUAUUUUUCUUAGGUUGCCAAGGAAACGACAACAAUUUUGAGACCCUCGUCGACUGUCAGACGUUCUGUCGCAAUGCAGCUCGUGGGUUUUUUUAAUAUUUUGAAAAUUGAACGUUUCUCUCCAUGGAGAAUUAUAGAAGAAAUGGUUGAUUUUUUUCCUGAUUUUUUUGACUUUCUUCAGAAAUUCUUUCUGAGCUAAUUAAAAGGAACAUGUUGGGUGAACUUCAUAAAGGUCUCGAGGGGAAUGCUAUUUUUGGUCGUUUGUGACAUUUAAACGCCUUUAAAGAAAAAUUUCCAUUUUAGGAAAAAAAUGUAAUAAUUAUAUAUUUUUGUACCACUAGCGAAAGUGAAAUUUUUCAUGGAAAAUACCAAAUUUUGAAUUUUUAAUGUUCAUUUUUAUGGAGUCUGAUUUCCUGUUUCACGUUUUUUUUAAGACGGGUUCAAGAUUUCAAUGGUAACUCUUCAUAAGGAAUAGCUUCAAAAAACUUCUUGACAUGCCUAAAAAAUUCGGCUUUUUCAAACAUUUCGAACAAGGCCAUUAUAGAUGAAAACUUUCGCUUUCAGCUUCAUUUAUCGAUUAUUUUCUAGCCGAGCCUCGUUGCCUUCAAGGUCAAGCCUACAAGGACAGUUCCGGGAAGUUCAUGAGCUGUUCAACGAAUCGACAAUCGACCAGUUGUCCGGCCAAUUUCGAAUGCUACUUCGAUGGCAACAUGCACGGAUGUUGUCCCACUAAAGGUUUACUCUUUGUCCUUCUCUCUACGGGGUCGCCUGUUGAAUGGCUCGAUUGAAACGUCUUCCGCAGGAGAGCAUGAAAAUCAUUGUUCUGUACCUUUAAAUUUGUAUGCAUUCAAGGUUGCCGUGACGCAACCGAGACGCUUUGAGCCAUUCUAACGCGACGGGCCUAGGCGCGAUUAACCGAGAAAGAUUUUGCAAUACAGAGGUGCUACAGCAACCUGCAAAUUGGUGGCAUAUGGAAUGGCGCUGCUUUAUUACGUUCGUCCGACCCAAAACGGCUUGCGCAAAAGACAUCAAAAUUUUGAGUGCAGCCGCGACGCUUCCAGCCAUUCCAAGUGCGGCUAGGCCUAGACGCGAUUGACGAGUGAGAUAUUGAAAAUGAUAGAUGCUAUGGCAACCGGCCAACAUCUCUUGUAAAGAUCCGAGCUGUGUUUUCGUCGCAUUUGGAAUGGCUUGAGGCAGCUUUUCGAAAGACUCGUCCGACUUAAAACGACUUACGCGAGAAAGCAUCAAAUAGCGUCAAAGCUGACUCUUUGAACCGCCAUGCGACCCGUGCGACCAGCCCUAGGCGCGAUUGAGAAAAGAGCGUGGGAAAUUGAGAGAUUACAGAGUAAACUGCGAAUUUUUCUGUUAAAGGUCUGAGUUAUAUCAUGGUCAGACUUGGAAUGGUAUAAAUCUGCUUUUUUUUUUAAGACGCGUCCGACUUUAAACGGCUUGCGCAAGGAAGCAUCAGAAAGUUUUAGAGUCGACUUUUGAGUGUCGCUCGCAACCGCGACGCUGUCAACCAUUCCAAGUGCGACCAGCCCUAGGCGCGAUUGAGAAAUGAGCGUGUGAAAUUUAGAGAUUACAGAGUAACCUGCGAAGUUUUCUAGUAAAGAUCUGAGCUAUAUGUUGGUCGCAUUUGGAAUGGCUUGAGGUUGAUUUUCAAAAUGCGUCUGACUCGAAACGGUUGCGCAAGGAAGCAUCAAAAAUAAUCAGAGCAGGCUUUUGAGUUCCGCCUCCAAUUGCAACGCUUUGAGCCAUUCUGCGGGCGAAAAUAAUGUUUUAAAAAUAGGCGAGAGAGUGUGUAAAAAUGAGAGGUUGGGGUUUUAUGCAUUUUUGCGAGUAAAAAAUGAAUUGAAGCUGCGAAAACAUGCUGGAAAAGUCGGUAGGUUUGGAAAACUAGGCCAUGCCACAAUUUCGCUCCAUGGAACACUUCGAAUUUCAAACUUUUUCGUUUGUUUUCUGAAUUUUCUUCCUUUUAUAAUUUUGAGAAGGUUUUCGCUUUUUUCUUCCUUCAACUAUCCUCCUCGGGAGCAAAAAACGAUGAUUACUACAUUUUAAAGAAUUAUAAAAAAAAAUUCUUCCAGCAGGAUUGCAGCGAACGAAUUAUUGGAAAUGGAUAUCGAAUCUCAAUUCAUAAGUCGUUCGAAACAGAAAACAGUUUUUUCAGCCUACACUUGUUCUCUUUCGCCGAGUCCUGGAAAGACGUGUGGACCUGGAAUUUCCUUCAAAUAUUACUACAAUCCUCAGAAUCAGGUACAUAUUCCCAAAAAAUCCCUUUCUUUUUAGUUAAAGCUUGAAAGGGCUUCAGAAUUCAAUCAAAAACCGUUUUUUAUUCAAAAAGCCGUGAGAAAUUGAGGCAUUUUCAGUCUGAAAAGAAGCUUUGGAGGCUUUUUCGCAUCAGAAAAUCAAAACUGAAGGUUUUUUCUCCUAUUUGAGGUUCCAAACAUCAGUGAAGUACAUAGAGUUAAACCUAGUACUUUAUUUUGAAGCUCAUUUUAAGAAGAAACAGUUGAAAAAUCACAAUUUCGUGCAAAAAGAUUUCCUUCGAAAAUCGAAAAAAAAUGAUGAAAAUAUUCGAAUUUUUUUCAAUUUUUUCGUCUAAUUGGGACACUUUAUUGGUAAUUCACCCAAUUCCAAAGUUUCAAACAGAAAAAUAUGGAAAAAUUCAAUUUAGGAAUGCGAGUCGUUUGAGUACCUCGGAUGUGACGGAAAUUCAAACAAUUUUGCGUCAAGAGCCGAGUGCGAAACUUUCUGUGGUGUCGGAGGUAUAAAAUAAACUAUUCCUGAGGAAAAUAAUGAAAAAAGACGAAAAACCGAAAUUUUCCAACGCCCACUAAUACAUGUAGCGGCAAAGAGCCGCAUGCAUGUGGUCCUUGCGGCGUUCGCCUGUCCGUGGCCUUGUGGCCUAAUGGAUAAGGCGUCUGCCUCCUAAGCAGAAGAUUGCAGGUUCGAGUCCUGCCUGGGUCGGAAUUUUUUGCCGGUUCUUUUUUCCAAUUUAGGAACACUUAUAAUCGUUUUUCUUCAUUAGAAGUUGAAAAAUUAAUAGCAAAUGAACGAUUUCGAGUGGUUUUAGUUAUUUUUUGCCAAAGAUUAGAGGCUCACCUGGAUAGAAUGGUUUUUUUUUUCGGCUCUAGAUCUAGUAAGACAAAAUAGGCGAAUAAAACUAGCUAUAGGAAAAUAAAUUCAGAAAAAAAAAACUUAUUCAGGCUGUGCGAAUGGAGGCUCACCAUUGCGGGAUAGCAGUGGGUCCCUUCAAAGUUGUUCUGAAAAAGAUGGAGGUUUGAAAAAUGAGUUGAAAAGGGAUUAUUUCCGAUUUCCAAGGUUGCCCAUCAACUCACGAAUGCAAUGCGGUGAGCCUUGGGACGGAUAUCACUUCUUAUCGAUGUUGUCCAACAAAAAGUUGACCUUUAUCCCUUUGAAAAACUAAAAAAUUGGAGUUUUUAGCAUAUAUUUGUGGCCUACCUCCCCAACAGGGCUCUUCUCUGUGUUCUGGAGGGUUGACAGUGGUCACCAGGUUUGAUUUUUUUGUUGAAACUGGAAAAUUAGGAAGUUUUCAAGAUAUUACUUCAAUAUUGUGACGCGCAAGUGCUCGCCGUUCGUUUAUAACGGAUGCGACGGAAAUCCGAACAAUUUCGCCUCCUUGAAUCAGUGCAACAACUUUUGUAUGGCUUCGGGUGAGUUGGAAAGAGAUAAAUUGAAGAAAACUUGACUGAAAAUUUGAAAAAUGGGCUCAGAAUGUUUAGCUUUUUAACCGAGUUUUAAUAUUCAGAAAGAUAAUUUUCUAUGGAAUUUUUUUUGAAAGAGGUAAAUGUUCCUUUCAACCUUAGGACCAGAAGUUGUAGAAUUUUUAUAUUUCAAAAGUCGUAAUUUCUAGAUCUUAAAAAUUGAUAAAAGUAGGGGGUUUCAAGCUGUAAAUUUGAUUUUUUCAGCUUGCAACGCCGGCGACGUCGUUUAUUUGAAUCCAAACACGGGCCUGCCCAUUUCCUGCAAUGAUGAGCUUCAGAAUAACUGUCCCAAGAAUUUCCAGGUCCUUUUUUAGUUUAUAGCUGAGGAUUUUCUUCUUCUUCUUCUCGACACAUUGAAUGGGUUGAAGCAUAACGACUGAAUUCAUUUUUUUUUCUAUGGAACUUUGCGCAAGUCGUUUCCAGUCAGUCGCGCACAUACAUGGGCUAACCAACUACUUUUUGUGACGUCAUCACGUACCCCCCUCGAAAAAGUACGUACCCCCCCGCGGAUGACUAUCAAUGUGAAAUGAUUAUUAAAGUUAAUAUAAGAAUUGAAUGAGACUAUUAUCUUAUUUCGCGGGCUUUUGGAAGUAUAUUCAGCUAGGUGUCAACACUGCAAAACAGAAAUAUUUCAACUUUUAGCGUAGACCCCCAAAAUCCGAAAAUCGAUCUGUUUUCAAUGUUAUCCUACAUUAUGAAUCGAGUUUUAUGAUCUGGCAGAGUUUCAGACCUUCUGGAUGAGUUUUAAGGAAAAUAGAUUUUUGGACCACCGGGAAGGGAUAUUUUGAAAUUUUGAAUUUUUUGGCUCAAAAUCAAUAUUAAUCUUGAGUUAACUCUAAAUAAGGUAUAUCCUCCAAAUUUCCAACCUUCCGGACGUUUUUUGACCAAGUUACAGUGUUUCAAAGUGUUAUCACUUGACGGUUUGCGUACCCCCCCGUACUCCCCCAAAAUCGGAAAAUCGAUCUGUUUUCAAUGUUAUUCCACAUUAUAAAGGGAGUUUUAUGAUCUGGCCAAGUUUCAGGCCGUUGGGAUGAGUUUUUAAGGAAAAUAGAUUUUUUUGGACCACCGGGAAGGGAUAUUUUUGAAAUUUUUGAAUUUUUUUGGCUCAAAAUCAAUAUUAAACUUGAGUUAACUCUAAAUAAGGUAUAUCCUCCAAAUUUCCAACCUUCCGGACGUUUUUUUGACCAAGUUACAGUGUUUCAAAGUGUUAUCACUUGACGGUUUGCGUACCCCCGUACUCCCCCAAAAUCGGAAAAAUCGAUCUGUUUUUCAAUGUUAUUCCACAUUAUAAAGGGAGUUUUUAUGAUCUGGCCAAGUUUCAGGCCGUUGGGAUGAGUUUUUAAGGAAAAUAGAUUUUUUUGGACCACCGGGAAGGGAUAUUUUUGAAAUUUUUGAAUUUUUUUGGCUCAAAAUCAAUAUUAAAUCUUGAGUUAACUCUAAAUAAGGUAUAUCCUCCAAAUUUCCAACCUUCCGGACGUUUUUUUGACCAAGUUACAGUGUUUCAAAGUGUUAUCACUUGACGGUUUGCGUACCCCCCGUACUCCCCCAAAAUCGGAAAAAUCGAUCUGUUUUUCAAUGUUAUUCCACAUUAUAAAGGGAGUUUUUAUGAUCUGGCCAAGUUUCAGGCCGUUGGGAUGAGUUUUUAAGGAAAAUAGAUUUUUUUGGACCACCGGGAAGGGAUAUUUUUGAAAUUUUUGAAUUUUUUUGGCUCAAAAUCAAUAUUAAACUUGAGUUAACUCUGAAAUAAGGUAUAUCCUCCAAAUUUCCAACCUUCCGGACGUUUUUUUGACCAAGUUACAGUGUUUCAAAGUGUUAUCACUUGACGGUUUGCGUACCCCCCGUACUCCCCCAAAAUCGGAAAAAUCGAUCUGUUUUCAAUGUUAUUCCACAUUAUAAAAGGGAGUUUUAUGAUCUGGCCAAGUUUCAGGCCGUUGGGAUGAGUUUUUAAGGAAAAUAGAUUUUUUUGGACCACCGGGAAGGGAUAUUUUUGAAAUUUUUGAAUUUUUUUGGCUCAAAAUCAAUAUUAAACUUGAGUUAACUCUAAAUAAGGUAUAUCCUCCAAAUUUCCAACCUUCCGGACGUUUUUUGACCAAGUUACAGUGUUUCAAAGUGUUAUCACUUGACGGUUUGCGUACCCCCCCGUACUCCCCCAAAAUCGGAAAAUCGAUCUGUUUUCAAUGUUAUUCCACAUUAUAAAGGGAGUUUUAUGAUCUGGCCAGAGUUUCAGGCCGUUGGGAUGAGUUUUUAAGGAAAAUAGAUUUUUUUGGACCACCGGGAAGGGAUAUUUUUGAAAUUUUUGAAUUUUUUUGGCUCAAAAUCAAUAUUAAACUUGAGUUAACUCUAAAUAAGGUAUAUCCUCCAAAUUUCCAACCUUCCGGACGUUUUUUGACCAAGUUACAGUGUUUCAAAGUGUUAUCACUUGACGGUUUGCGUACCCCCCCGUACUCCCCCAAAAUCGGAAAAUCGAUCUGUUUUCAAUGUUAUUCCACAUUAUAAAGGGAGUUUUAUGAUCUGGCCAAGUUUCAGGCCGUUGGGAUGAGUUUUUAAGGAAAAUAGAUUUUUUUGGACCACCGGGAAGGGAUAUUUUUGAAAUUUUUGAAUUUUUUUGGCUCAAAAUCAAUAUUAAACUUGAGUUAACUCUGAAAUAAGGUAUAUCCUCCAAAUUUCCAACCUUCCGGACGUUUUUUUGACCAAGUUACAGUGUUUCAAAGUGUUAUCACUUGACGGUUUGCGUACCCCCGUACUCCCCCAAAAUCGGAAAAAUCGAUCUGUUUUUCAAUGUUAUUCCACAUUAUAAAGGGAGUUUUAUGAUCUGGCCAAGUUUCAGGCCGUUGGGAUGAGUUUUAAGGAAAAUAGAUUUUUUUGGACCACCGGGAAGGGAUAUUUUGAAAUUUUUGAAUUUUUUUGGCUCAAAAAUCAAUAUUAAACUUGAGUUAACUCUGAAAUAAGGUAUAUCCUCCAAAUUUCCAACCUUCCGGACGUUUUUUUGACCAAGUUACAGUGUUUCAAAGUGUUAUCACUUGACGGUUUGCGUACCCCCGUACUCCCCCAAAAUCGGAAAAUCGAUCUGUUUUUCAAUGUUAUUCCACAUUAUAAAGGGAGUUUUUAUGAUCUGGCCAAGUUUCAGGCCGUUGGGAUGAGUUUUUAAGGAAAAUAGAUUUUUUUGGACCACCGGGAAGGGAUAUUUUUGAAAUUUUUGAAUUUUUUUGGCUCAAAAUCAAUAUUAAACUUGAGUUAACUCUAAAUAAGGUAUAUCCUCCAAGUUUCCAGGCUUCCGGACGUUUUUUUGACCAAGUUACAGUGUUUCAAAGUGUUAUCACUUGACGGUUUGCGUACCCCCGUACUCCCCCAAAAAUCGGAAAAAUCGAUCUGUUUUUCAAUGUUAUUCCACAUUAUAAAGGGAGUUUUAUGAUCUGGCCAAGUUUCAGGCCGUUGGGAUGAGUUUUUAAGGAAAAUAGAUUUUUUUGGACCACCGGGAAGGGAUAUUUUUGAAAUUUUUGAAUUUUUUUGGCUCAAAAAUCAAUAUUAAACUUGAGUUAACUCUAAAUAAGGUAUAUCCUCCAAGUUUCCAGGCUUCCGGACGUUUUUUGACCAAGUUACAGUGUUUCAAAGUGUUAUCACUUGACGGUUUGCGUACCCCCCCGUACUCCCCCAAAAUCGGAAAAUCGAUCUGUUUUCAAUGUUAUUCCACAUUAUAAAGGGAGUUUUAUGAUCUGGCCAAGUUUCAGGCCGUUAUGAUGAGUUUCAAGGAAAAUAAUUUUUUGGGCCACAGUAGAUGUAUGAAUGUAUGCUGAUCACGAUUUUGCUAGUUUUUUUAAUUGUUAAACUUGUAUUUUUUUUAUCGUUCACAUGUGUGGUAACGCCGUAGGGUGAGUUGAAAAAAAAUGAGCGUUAGGGUGAAACUUUCUCUAAAUCAAACAUGUUGUAGAACACGAUUUUUUUAGGAUUUUUUUGAAAAACCGAAUAUCAUCACUCAAGCCGUUUUUCGAGAUACUGUGGCUCAAAAAAAGGGGUACGGUCGAACCCUUCAAAAAAAUCUAUAUCUUGACAUAAAAAUCGACGAAACUCUUCCAAAGUUUGUAAUAAGGUGCAAUAUAAUCUUAUUCAAUUUUUUUAAAAAAAUCUUAAACCUCAUUUUUGCUCAUUAUUGCUCAUAUUACAGAGUUUUUUUAAAAAAACCACAAAAAAAAUACUCUUUAUUGAGUCAAACAUGGAUUAUUCGAAUUUUUCCAUCUAACACCCGGAAAUUCCAAAAAACAUGUGAUUUUGGGUAAGUUUCCCGAAUAACUUUUUUAUCUCCUGUUUUUUUGGAUUGAAACUAGCAAAAUCGUGAUCAACGCGCAUUCUUACAUCCACUAGGUCAUUUGCAAAACGAAACGAGGAAAAAAUUCAAAAUUUCAAAAUAUCCCUUCCCGGUGGUCCAAAAAUCUAUUUUCCUUAAAACUCAUCCCAACGUCCUGAAACUUGGCCAGAUCAUAAAAACUCACUUUAUAAUGUGGAAUAACAUUGAAAAACAGAUCGAUUUUUCCGAUUUUUGGGGGAGUACGGGGGGCACGCAAACCGUCAAGUGAUAACACUUUGAAACACUGUAACUUGGUCAAAAAACGUCCGGAAGGUUGGAAAUUUGGAGGAUAUACCUUAUUCAGAGUUAACUCAAGUUUAAUAUUGAUUUUGAGCCAAAAAAUUCAAAAUUUCAAAAUAUCCCUUCCCGGUGGUCCAAAAAUCUAUUUUCCUUAAAACUCAUCCCAACGGCCUGAAACUUGGCCAGAUCAUAAAACUCCCUUUAUAAUGUGGAAUAACAUUGAAAACAGAUCGACUUUUCCGAUUUUGGGGGAGUACGGGGGGGUACGCAAACCGUCAAGUGAUAACACUUUGAAACACUGUAACUUGGUCAAAAAACGUCCGGAAGCCUGGAAACUUGGAGGAUAUACCUCAUUUAGGGUUAACUCAAAGUUGAUAAUGAUUUUGAGCCAAAAAAUUGUAGAUUUCAGAAAUCAUUUUCUUAUGGGGUCAGAAGUUGAUUAUUUUUUUCAAUUUUCCAAACGGCUUAAAAUUUGAUGAGCAUGUAUAUAUCAUCCAUUGGUACCAUUUAAACUAGAAUUCAGGUCGAUUAAUCAGCUCUGGAAUUUUUUAUAAGGCUAUUUCUACGAUUCCUCUCGAUUUUUUCUACCGUUUGGAGCUAGGCAAAAAGAUAGGCAACGAAUUUCUCACUAAAUGUACUUUAAAAAGCUCGAUAAAUAAUAUGGAUGCAUUUUCCGCGGCUUAGAAAGCCAUCUGAAUGAAUAGGGGGGCCCGAAAGUGAAAAACAGCCUGUUAGCCCACGUAUGGUCGCGCACUUCAAAGCAACUGUUUUUGUAGUAAUUUAUAAUAAUUUAUUCAAUUCACAAAGUAACGAGUGCAGACGCCGGAACUAAUUAUACACAUAUAUUUAAGUAAUUGAGAAGAAUAAAAUAGCCAAAGAAGUCUGACCGGUACGUUGACCUCAAUUCGAUGUUUGAUUUGAAAAAAUAGGGAUUUGAAGAAAUGAGGACAGAGAUUAAAAGUUCGCUAUAUUCUUUGCUAUCCAACAAUUCGAUAGAGGUAAAGUCGUCCCGAGCUGUGAAACCGGGACUUCAAAAAAUACAUUUUUCUCAACUUUUACCAGUUUGAUUUCUACUCAUUUUCUUCAUCUUCACUCAUUUUUAAUUUUGCGAGGGGGAUGGUCCGGGGCGACUGUUGAAAGGACGGUUCAGCUCAAGAAUCGUCAAUAACCAUCCGAUCCUUUGAAAAUUGGACUUUUCCAGUGUAUCUACGAUGGCUUGACCGAUCAGAGCGUUUGCUGCGGAGCAACUGACAUGGCCGUUUGUCCGGAGUCGGAAAAGGUAUGAUUUCCUGAAUUUAUGCUUCAUUCAACUUUGAACGAUCCCGUUUUUCUGGGCGCUAUAUACUCUAUCCAACUUGAAAUGAUCUGAUUUCUCUGCGCUCUCUUUUCCCUCGACGACACAUUCAUCUUUGCAUGUUUUUUUUGUUCCUACUCCAUGACCUUCUUGGUGAGAGAAAAGAGAGCAGACAAGCCGGGCUUUUGGAAGUAUAAAUGAAUGGACUUGAUUAAAGGGAUCUCAAAAUUUCAUUUUGAGGCCUACAUCAACGCCGUCGACAUGACCGUUCGAGAAUGCCUCAUCAAUGAGCACAACUCCUGCCCCAAGGACUAUCUCUGCAGAUUCAACCCCUCGAAAAAUCGAUACUUCUGCUGCGGAUCCAUCACCAAGAGUGAAUCUUGUCUUUUCAUGAAAAUUGGUCAAAUUCAAGGGUUUAGAGGGAACUUUAGACUUGUAAGAGCUUUCAAGCUAGUAAUCAAAGUGUAUGGAUUUGUUGGACUCUGAAUUUUGAGAUCUUUCAUGAAAAUGUUCCAGAUUAUUGCCCACCCGGCCGAGCUCCAUACAAAGAUCAGAUGAGCAUGCAGCCGAUGAGGUGCACGAUGCACGCGACGGCUUCUGGAUGUCCCGACGGGUUCGAAUGUCAGAGCGACAUCAAAGAUGCCCUUCAAGGAUACUGUUGUUCUGUCUCUGGUAGGUCUCAUGAUGAAUACUUUGGAAAAAUAGAGCUAUGGAAAAAAAACAUUCUCAUAUCUUCCUAUAUGUUCCGCGUCAUCCCUCCCCAGCUUGUCACGAUUUUCUCUCUCCUCCGAGCUACAGAGCCCUUCCUUCGGUCUCUACACAUGCGCCUUUAACUCAGCCUUAAAUCCCGUUAUAUUAAAGGCGCAUGUACAGAGACAGGAAGAGAAGGGAUUUUAGCAAAAAAGUUGACUAUCACCGCUAUAACUGUCAGACUGUGUAGUGUUUUCUGUGCGAGAUUGUCACGUUAACAAAAAAAAAGAAAAGAAAAAAGGGUACCCCAAAAAAAGUUUGCUUUAAAACUUCAAAAGAUACACCAAAAAAAGGUCUCGAAGCGAAGUUGGUAAGGUUAGGCCUGGGAUAUGAAUUCACAAGUAGCGUUCCGAAGAUCAGCUGUCAUGAUAGAAUGGGCUUUGAAGAUAUGAAAAUAAUUCUUUUGUAAAUGGAAAAAAAUUCAGUUUAUUUAAUAACUGAUUUCAGAAAUCUGUCCACACAAAGAAGAGUAUUAUGUUGAUGAGUCUUCUGGAAUGCCAAGGUCUUGCACGAUCGGUGAGUUUGGAAACAUUGAAUAAUAAACUUGGGGUAGAAAUUUCUUGUUACGGCAGAAAUUUUAAAAAAAAUCUAGAGCUUCUCUUAUAGUUCAAAGGACCUAUUCAAACUUUUUCAGGCCAUUUCGUCACAUGUCCAGCCGGUUUCAGUUGUAUGGCUCAAUUUGAUGGAAUCGUUGGGUAUUGUUGCAGGUAAUUUAUUUUUUUUUUUAAUGAAAAAUCGUGAAAAAGUACAGCAUCUGAGGGGUGUUAUCAAAUUUUCAUAUUUCUCUGGAAAGUAGUGGAAAAUUUGGAACUUCAUCAUAUUCGUUACGCUUGAAAUUUGCUCGAAAUAGACUUUGAAAAUUGAAUAAUUUUCAACAUUGUAGAGGCCAACCCCAAAUGACGGCCACUGACGGAUGCCCACCCGGCGAAAUUGUCUAUAUGGAAAGAAAUGAGGUAAUUUUCACGGCAAAUGAAAUAUAUGAACAGUAUAAACCUCAUAAAAAUUCCUAGAAAACGACUUUUUAAACUUUUGAGGUCGUCUCUUGUGACCCAUUCAAUCCGAUGAACCAAGGCUGUCCUACAACUUUCUCCUGCCAAUGGUCGAUUCGAACCCAGAGGUUAUUAAAUAAUUUUCAAGUUAAAAUUACGGUUUUUAAGGUAUCAAUGCUGUGGAGCCGAUGCAUUACCGCCACCGAUGGAAAGUGGGAUUUUUCGAACAAAAAAAGAAUAUAACUGUUUUUUAUUCAGACGACGGGUGUCCUUCACGCCAAAUCGCUUUUACUGACCCUGAUACGAAGAAACCAAAAGUAAAUGAAUUUUUAAAAAGAAAAAAUGAUGAAAAUCGACGCUUUGGUGUACUGUGAGCGACUAAUACGCAAUGACAAGUGUAUGCACACAAAACUCGUUCACACGCGCAAAUUUAAUUUUGAUUUUUGAAAAUUUUUUUUUUUGAGUUUAUUUUCGUAUAAAUGUUCUGGAAUUUAUUUCAGGUCUGUACCUCGGCAACGCACUCCUGCCCAUCCGGAUACUUUUGCCAGUUUUCCACACAAAAUAAACAGUUUCAAUGCUGUGGAAUCCCGAGCGAUUGUCCUGUUCAAAUGGUUUUUGAUAUCUUUUUUGGUUUUAUCAAAAUAUUAUUUCUAGGUGGCUUUCAUUGGGAUCACUGGUGAUCCACAGGCCUGUUCGAUGAAUGGCGGCCAAAUUUGUCCCGAAGGGUUUUCUUGUGUCCGAGGAAAAAGUGGCCAAGAGUUGUGUUGUGCUGGUGGAGAAGGUAGUUAUAUAGUGUGUUCGGAGAGAUUAUCAGGGUUUUAAAAUAAAAUAAGACAAUUGGUUUUAACUGUCAAAAAAGAACCGUCUUCGAAGGUCAUUUUUUAGGGUUCUCCAUAUUUUUGCGCCUUUAAAAGCUUCAUAACAAACCAUGAAAUAGUUAGAUGCUUGAAUUCAGGCUUUUCACGCCUGUUUGAGGUGGCCGGUCGUAUUACGGUAGUUUGGAUAGGUUUUUCAUUGAUAAAGUGGAAUCUUGUGUACUUUUUGUGACGUAACUUACCUUGUAACCUCGAGAAAUAGGUCCUUAAAAAAAUUGCAGAAAAUUAAAAAAAUCUCCUGGCUCCGAAACUGACUGUGCAAUAUUGACCGGCCGCCGUAGUACUGUCUCAAACAUGCGUGUUUUAUAGGAUUUUUUGAUUACCAAAAAAAUUUUUCUCGAAAAAAGUAGCGAUUUUUUUUUUGGAUGAAACCAGUUUUUUCAGGCUAUCGAAUUCGAAAUCCUUGACCAGUACUUCAGAAAGUUUUGAGAAGUAUUUAGAAGAGGGUUGUGUCGAUCAAAUAAUGUGUUUUUAUUUUUAUUUUCGAACGAUUUGACGUUUUUAAUUAUUCUCUUCAAACAAAAUAUAACCUUUACCUCAUCUACGUAACGGUUUUCUAUGCGCCCUUAUAGUCUUUUUCCGUGCCAAUUCACGUUUUUUUUUUCUGGCCCAGGUACCGUAUACCUUUAGCUCAUAGGUCUCGAAGCGAAAAAGUGCAAGUCUUUUAGCGGCUCUGUAUACUGUAGUCCAAAUUUUUUUUCAAUUUUUGAGCUUGACAAGCUCGCGCGGUAUUCAAAGUCACAAAAUUCGAGUAGUAAUCGAAAUUAAGAUGCGAAUUUCAGUCUGUGACGCUUCCCAAGUUUCGGUGAACGGGGUUUGUAUGGCGAGAAUCCUGAUAGGACAAGCCUGUGAAGAGACGACCCAAUGUGUCGGCGGCUCGAAUUGCCUCGGCGGAAUUUGUCGAUGUCCGCCUCUGACCAAUGAAGUUCAGCAACAGUGUGUGGCCAUCGAGGAGCAAAGUAUGGGUUCAGCGAAAAAAAAAGAUCAAAUUAGAGAAUUUUCCGAUUUUUACUAGGCAUGUGUUUCUGUGUAGCGCAGAGAAAGUUUAAAGAUUUAUAUAGUUUGUUCAGAUUUUGAUUCCCAAGUACAAUGACGUCAUUUGAGAACGCUUUCUGGUUGGUCAAGGGAUGGAGCUUGUGUGAAGACUUGGCUGAACAGGCUAUAGCUGUUUUAGGGGAUAGAAUGACAACUAUGUGACCUUAACUUUAAGGACAUUUGUUAAGUUCAAAAAAACGUAACUUAGGCUCUGAAAGUUUAAUUAAUUCAUGUUCCUACUAAUGACACCUUGAAGCUCAGAGAAUCGGCUGAAUUCUAAAAUUUUCAUUAGAUUUUUUCAAAGAUAUGAACUAGAAGUAUAUACUUCAUAUAAAUAACAUUUUUUGAGCUUUUUUUUCAAGUGUUUUCUUUCAAGAGUGCGCGGAUCGUCAAGUGAAGGUUGGCGGAGAAUGCCUUCCAAUCGUGUCUUUGGGACGAGCUUGUGUCCAUUCUGCUCAAUGUACAGGGAUGGGCGAAUGUCUCGAAGGCGUUUGCGACUGUCCUCAGGAGCUCGUGAGAAAAGUGCGACUUUAUCCUUUUUCUUAGCUUUGCGCAAGUUCUAUUUCAAGGGAGAACGAUGCGAACGCCGACCAAAACCUCCUCCUCAGCCGGUAUCUCCUGUCGUCGUGGGACCAGUUCGACAGAUUCAACCGGCUCUUCCUGUCAAAAACCGACCUGAAACGGCUCUCGCCUACACUACUGGAACCCCACAGAUCGUCACGACUGCCAUGGCUGUUAAUGAAGGUGAAUCAGAGAAAAAAAAAAAACAAGUAAAAUUAUUCUUUCCGCUCAGGGCUGUGCCCCCACCCCCGAGCACCAUUUUUGGUCAACGGAAUCGCUCGCCAAUGUACCCAGGGCCAAACUUGCCCCGUUGGAUAUGCCUGCACCUGGAGCCAACAAGCGAAAAACUACUUUUGCUGCACGAAUAACAAAAUGAUCGCCAGGACUAAUGGUGCUGAUCAACAUGAUUCAUAAUUCUCAUUUCUCUCAUUUUUCAGCCAAUCUCAAGGAUAUUUGCCUGGGAAGCGAACCGUUGAUCUUCCCGAACACGAAGGCCCCAGUUUUGUGCUCCCGAUUCUCAUCUUGUCCCCAAGGAUUUAUGUGCCGACGAUCUUCCAAGACUCGCCAGGCGUUCUGUUGCAAAAAGACGGAACCCGUCUCGAUGGAUAUUUAUAUUGCGCAGGUUUGUUUCAGAGAAAAAAAUGUGGUGAGGUGCUGAAAAACACGUUUUUUGAAGAAUUUUUUCACGGUUCACUGAGAAAAUGACUCUUUUAGAGGCUCUUCUUGUGUUUGAGUGUCAGCUAGAAAGUGAAAAUCGUUGAAAAUUCAGAGUUGAAAAAAAUUUUCGGACAUCGGAAACGAAAUUCGGACGUUUCUGAGCAUUUCUAGGGAUCAUUUAAGAGUUCCUGUUAUUUACGCUCCUAGAGGUGAAAUCUCUGCCGUUCCCAUGAUGUCACGUGGGAACGGUGUAUAUUUUGGCUCCGCCCACCGUGUUUUUGGUUUCGCAUUUUCUUCCACUAACGAAGAAGGCGUGAAUAUUUAUGUAAAAUUUGAUUUAUUGGGAUUUUAAGAUAAGUAGGACAACUUGUAAGACAAUGGACGCCGGAUUAAUGUAGUGACUUGAAAAAAAAACAAAGGAGGCGGCCCGCUUUUAAAAUUUCAUUCCCCGCCAAAAGUAAUUAUAGUAAACUUGAGUCCACCGUCUUGAGUUCUAGCGAAAAUGGGCUAAAUCCAAAAAGAAAAUAAUGACCUUUUUCAGCUCAAAGAAUACGUCAAAACAAGGCCUGAAGCGGCGACGCCGAAUAUCAUGCGACACGUUGCCGCGACGGCCUACAUGCACCCCGGCCGGAGGGUCAAACCGAAGGCCCCGGCGAAGAAAAUGGCGGCGCCCCCGAAAAAGUCCGGAGUCAAGCCCGCCAAGAGCAAAAGCAAGCCUUGUCCCGGCAGUUUGGUCCUUCUGGAGGUCGAGAUCAACAAACGGGUCAUCAGCAGAUGUCGUGAGUUUCUUGAGGCUUUGGAAAGAGACUUGAAAAAAGAAUGGGCCGAACCGGGGAUUGAACCCGGGACCUCUCGCACCCAAAGCGAGAAUCAUACCACUAGACCAUUCGGCCGACGAAUAUUCGUCCCAAAUUUUCCGAGGAAAAGGUGUUUCUCCGAUGCUUUGUCCCUGGAAGGAAGCCUAGAAACUGGAUUUUUGUCCGAUUUUGGCGCGGUAGAUGGUCAAAGACCAAAGCGGAGACACUAUUUUAGUGAUCCCUCAAGUGUUUUUUUAACUUUUAAUGGACCUUAUUAAUUUGUUAAAUAUUUUUUUGUACCCACGAGAAGAAGUUGGUUAUGGAGUUUAAUAUUGAAAAAUUUAAAAAAAUUGUGUCCAUUCUUCAAAAGCUUAACUUUGUGAAAAAAAGCAAAAAAAGAAUGGGCCGAACCGGGGAUUGAACCCGGGACCUCUCGCACCCAAAGCGAGAAUCAUACCACUAGACCAUUCGGCCGACGAAAAUUCGUCCCAAAUUUUUCCGAGGAAAAGGUGUUUCUCCGAUGCUUUGUCCCUGGAAGGAAGCCUAGAAACUGGAUUUUUUUGUCCGAUUUUUGGCGCGGUAGAUGGUCAAAGACCAAAGCGGAGACACUAUUUUUAGUGAUCCCUCAAGUGUUUUUUUAACUUUUAAUGGACCUUAUUAAUUUGUUAAAUAUUUUUGUACCCACGAGAAGAAGUUGGUUAUGGAGUUUAAUAUUGAAAAUUUAAAAAUUGUGUCCAUUCUUCAAAGCUUAACUUUGUGAAAAAGCAAAAAAGGAUGGGCCGAACCGGGGAUUGAACCCGGGACCUCUCGCACCCAAAGCGAGAAUCAUACCACUAGACCAUUCGGCCGACGAAUAUUCGUCCCAAAUUUUCCGAGGAAAAGGUGUUUCUCCGAUGCUUUGUCCCUGGAAGGAAGCCUAGAAACUGGAUUUUUGUCCGAUUUUGGCGCGGUAGAUGGUCAAAGACCAAAGCGGAGACACUAUUUUAGUGAUCCCUCAAGUGUUUUUAACUUUUAAUGGACCUUAUUAAUUUGUUAAAUAUUUUUGUACCCACGAGAAGAAGUUGGUUAUGGAGUUUAAUAUUGAAAAUUUAAAAAAAUUGUGUCCAUUCUUCAAAGCUUAACUUUGUGAAAAAAAGCAAAAAAAGGAUGGGCCGAACCGGGGAUUGAACCCGGGACCUCUCGCACCCAAAGCGAGAAUCAUACCACUAGACCAUUCGGCCGACGAAUAUUCGUCCCAAAUUUUCCGAGGAAAAGGUGUUUCUCCGAUGCUUUGUCCCUGGAAGGAAGCCUAGAAACUGGAUUUUUGUCCGAUUUUGGCGCGGUAGAUGGUCAAAGACCAAAGCGGAGACACUAUUUUAGUGAUCCCUCAAGUGUUUUUAACUUUUAAUGGACCUUAUUAAUUUGUUAAAUAUUUUUGUACCCACGAGAAGAAGUUGGUUAUGGAGUUUAAUAUUGAAAAUUUAAAAAUUGUGUCCAUUCUUCAAAGCUUAACUUUGUGAAAAAGCAAAAAAGAAUGGGCCGAACCGGGGAUUGAACCCGGGACCUCUCGCACCCAAAGCGAGAAUCAUACCACUAGACCAUUCGGCCGACGAAAAUUCGUCCCAAAUUUUCCGAGGAAAUAUGUUUCUCCGAUGCUUUGUCCCUAGAAGGAGGCCUAGAAACUGGAUUUUUGCCCGAUUUCGGCGCGGAAGACCAAAGAAAUUCUUUUAGUGGUCACUCAAAUGAUUUUUGCGCCUUUUAUUGUUAAUUUGUGACAGAAAAGCUCCAGAUUGUUUGAAAACAUUGAAAAUAAUAUUUUUGGCACGAAAUUUGAGCUUCUUUUGCUGUCUUAAGCUUCGGAAUAGCAAAUUUGAUGUUUAAGAAAAGGUUGAAAGGGUGGGGGGCGAAUUUAUUAGAAAUUAGGCAAAAAUAUUUAAAAAAAUUAUGAUUUUUUUAUCAUAUUUGAAGCGUAAAAUAACUACUACAAGCCUGUAAAAUUUUCUCUCGGUGGGAUUUUAGCGACAUUGAUAAAAUCGAUUCACGGUCAGUCACUUGUUUGAAGGUAGUCAUUCCAAGUGCGACCGUGGUUCUGAGAUUUACAACUUGAAAUGAGAAAUAAGCGAAGCUAUUUAAGAACUUUUCCAGAAUCAAGAAGCUAUUUAAGAACUUUUCCAGAAUCGGGAUGUCCGACCGCAAUGAAGCCGGUCAACGGAGUCUGCCGAGUGCCUCGAAAUAAGAAUUUAUAG